AGCGACGGUCGCUGCUCUUUUUCUCGUCGAGCAGGGGGAGUAGUCACAGCUGGAAGGAUAAUAAGAUGCGCAUGAAUUUACAAUCUGGAAUAUAAAAUAAGAGAGAAUAAAUGGACCUCUUAGCAAGUUCGUGUGCGUCUGUGCGUAAAAGUUAAGUUACUUGUUGGAUACGGGUUACGACGAGACGCUUUCGUGUGUGCUUUCAUUUAAGUGCAGGAUAACAAACUUCAGACUCCGCUGUCCUCAGUUGAUGGAGUUACAAAGUUUCUUCAGUCCACUCACAAUGGAAAGAAAAGCACCCUUCGAUGACUGCAAAGGUAAAGUAUCGUAUCUCAAGUGUUUCAGGCGAUGUUUUGUCGCCUACAUUUUGUAAAGUUACAUCCGAACAACAGCAAAGUUUCCUUUGAAUGUGUAUAUUCGACUAUUGUAUAACUUGUUUUGCUGGCAUUCAGUACUCGGGUUGUGUUCUGCCAGCAAGCCAAUCGAAAGUGGGAGGGGUGCAGAUGUUCAACAGCCUUGAUUCCAGAUGUUUAGUGGAGGUUGAAGUCUUGUAAACAGAAAUGAUAUGCUUGAUCAACCCUUACGCGUCUUUAAGUCAUCACGUUUGCAUUUUACGCACGUCCAUAGUCCGGAGUUGUUUAAGUGAUGUUUAUCAAAAAGGCAAACUAUUGUCCAAGCCAAGUAAAAAAACUUCCUGUAAGUUGUUGCUACUGUAGGUGCAAUAGCUGCAAUAAGGCUACACGAGUUUGCUAAGUCUAGCAAUGGGGACUACUUAGAAACAUCAAAGCAAGGCAGUACACGUCUUGUAGGUAAAUAGAGUUUUCCUCCCCAACAUAGGUUCAUAUUGAUAAAGUCUUGAUCUCAAGACAGAUGUAUCUCUUUCUGGAAUUCGUUGGUGAUAACAUUUUGAGUGUAUUAUUUGCUGAGGAAGUUUGCCCAAAAGAUAGCCUAUUUGUUAAUGUAACAGAUGUACCAAAUGUACCAACUUGGAAGAGAAGUAGUCAUGUCAUUCAUUGGUAGGGGAGAGUGGGGUAAGUUGAACCAAAGGGGAAGUUGAGCCACCCCCUGUUGCUUUGAAAUGGUAAAAGAAAUUGAUCAUGUGACCAAAUAUUAAGGAGAUGGGCAUCAAUUCAUAGAGUCUGUGAAGGUAAGAAGCACACGGGUGAAGGGGUUAGACUUUUAUUUACAAAAGAAAAACAUUUUUCACUCUUGAAAGUGAAUUUAGUCUGUCAUAAGUUUAAUUGGAAUUGUGUUCAGACCAAAAAAAGAUAAUUUAAAUUAGUUUUAUACAUCAAUUGUGGUAUCUAUGAGCCACAACAUGAGGUCAAAAACCUAGCAUAAAAGUCCACCAUUUUAGCUUAGAGGACUAAUAAAGUCAUCAUAGUAGUUCAGGGGUAAGUUGAACCAGUGGUUUAACUGAGAAAGUAAAGGAGUCUGAUGAGAGGAUCAGAGUUUCAGCUCAGAUUGUUAAAAUGUGUUACUUUUUCUUUUCAAAAAUACAGCUGUGAAUGUUCUGAAUCACUUAAAGACAUUCUCAUGUUAAAAUGACUUUUUACAAAACAGCUUUUUAGCAGUUAAAUGCAUUAAUAAUAAAAAGAAUUAUUGUACCUGUUGAAUAGUGUAUAAUAGAUCAAAAAUACACACGAAUGUGAAGAAGUGACUGUAAUUUAGGGAAAGAGAAGGUGAGGGAGGGCUGGGGUGGAGAGUGGGGGGCAGUAGGGAUACAGCUCAACUUAUCUCACUCCUAUGGUCAACUUACCCCAUACAUGGGGUAAGUUGAUCAUAAGAGACCACUUUUUUUGGCAUGCUAUAUUAUCAAGACAGUUUUGUUUACACUCAUUCUGUUGGUUUGCAGGGAUGCACGACAUCUUGAAAUAUAUGCAGAUACACUAGUUAGAGACAAAACUAUGAUUGUCUUGUAGUGAUCCAAAAUAUGAAAAAUGGCUCAUCUUACCCCACUCUCCCCUAUGUGAUAAUGUCCACCAAGUUUGCAAAGAUGAAUUCAACUACUCUUUUGUAGUAAUAAAGCCCCGUGUGUUUUUCUUUCUGUGUUUGUGGUGACAGGUUUCCUGUGGUCGGAGUGGAUUACUGACCCCAGAAAAGAGAAGGAGUACCACCCCAGGAUAUGAAGUUCAUUGCAGUGAUUUUACUGCAGAAGUCUGCAGAUUGUUUUAGGAUUGUUUUAUCCAUCAUUUUAUCCAGGUGGGCAGAUCAGCUAUUAACCUCCUAAUUUAUUAAAACCAGUUCUGAUGUGUUAAAAGCACAGCUCUGACUCACCAAAACUGAUGUGGACCAAAUAUCUGCCCAUAACGGAGUCUACCCACGCCGUGCAUUUUUCGGCAAACCUUAACUAAAACUUCCCUAUUCAACAUUUCUCGUUGCCAUUGGAAGAAACCCAAUGUCUGCCUCCUCUCCCCCAUCUUUCCCUCGAGCCUUCCUCCACUCUCUCCAUCCGCAUCACCCAUUCUCACCGACUGCCCCGUCCCCAUCGCCAAGCCCACCUGGACCACUGUACACACGGCUGUCCAACGGCAGUCAUAGUGUCCCAAGCCCCACAAACUCCCGCAGCUCUUUCCAUGGGGUUUCCUUCCUGCUGCAAAUUGGACUGACCAGAGAAACGGUGAACCUGGAAGCCAGCGACCUGUCACUGUCCUCAGUAAAGGACCUGGUGUGCUCCAUAGUGGACCAGAAGGUAAGAGUUUGUCUUGUGGCACCUCUUGUGAUUUAUAUACUGUUUUCUGUUUGAAAGGACAACUUAUAAUUUUUGGGUGUCCCCUGAAGAGAAUAUGUAUUUUUUUUUCAGUAAACUACAUAAAGCCACCGUAAUUAGAUUGUCUUUAAGCUGCAGUAGUCACACCGAAUACGGCAGAGGGCUAACAUGAUGCACCAACAUGUGUUUUGCCAUCUUCUGCCUUAUUCAUCUGUUCUGGUUUUGUUUUCAAAAGCAGACAUCUGGGCCUCGUGCCCUAAAAUGAGUCAAACACCACAAAAGCAUGCACACAACAGCACUGAUGCUUUUCUAGUUACAGGGCAUUGUCUGGUAGUGGCAGUUAUUUAAACUGUGGCACAAUAUUGCUGGACAAAGGCAGUGCAUGUGCAUAUAUACAUCCUCAUGAACAUACCAAGAACUCCCUGGUGGGUUCCCUCCGCCUGUGUGAUGAUUGAACCUUCUUUACUUUCCAUGACAUUGUUAAUGUGUUGUAAUGACACGGGAGUGUGGCCUCAGCUGGAGACGUGGCGCUAAGCUCAAGUUCAAGCUGCAUAAAUCCCUGUUUUGUUCAAAUAUUCUCAUAAACUUCAAAUUUUCUGUUCUCCUUUACUUGUGCUAAAGAGGUUUGACAAUCCUGAUCAUUGUGUUUGCCUGCCAUUGUGCAAGUGUAAUUGUUUUUAACAUGCAAAGUUAAGACAUUUAAAAUUCCCUGUAUCUGAUGAGGAAGCAUAUAAUAAUAAUAAUAACAAUAAUAUUAAUUAUAGAUUUUAUUUGUAACGCACUUUACAUUUGAAAACAAAUCUCAAAGUGCACAAGGAUAACAAAAAAAAGGCAACAAUAACAACAAAAUCAAGCAACAGAACAAAACAAUAAAAGCAGUCAGCAGAUAAAAUCAGUCCGGAUAGGCUUUCAGAAAAAGGAAGGUUUUGAGCCCUUUUUUAAAAGCAUCCACCGACUGUGGAGCCCUGAGGUGGUCGGGGAGGGCGUUUCACAGACAGGGAGCAGCAGCCUCGAAGGCCCUGUUGCCCAUGGUCUUGAGCCGAGUCCUGGGCGGGCGCAGACGGUGCAGUUGGCCUGACCGGGUUCUGGCCAACUGAUGUGGACCAAAUAUCUGCCUAUGGUAAUUCAUAGGGCAACAAACAACAACAAGCUUUGUAAAGUUACAUUAUUACAGCUGUAGUGAUUUUUUUGGACAACAAAACUGUUCAUUUCAAAAGGAAGAGCACAGAUAAGCAGUAGUAGAAGGUAACAAUGUAAAUGUACUUAAGUAGUGUACUUAAUUUUACUUUUUGAUCUGUAUCUGUACUUUACUUGAGUAUUAUUUUUGGAGACAUUUUAUAACUGAAAUCUUCUGAUACUUAAAAGACUUUAACCACACUACAUUUCUAUGUAUGUUCUCAUUACUUUUGCUCUGGAGUCAGCAGAUGAAUUUCUUCUAUUUUCUAAAGUGUUGCCAGAAAGAUAAUCAAGUGGUUGGACAUUAAACAAAUGUAGGGCAAAUAUCACUCAGAUAAGUUCAUUUAUUGGUGGUAAUGAUGGCUGCUGCAGACAUAAUGAUUCUCCAGUUAAACACCCAUGGCCCCUUUUUGGAUAUGAAAAGUGAUGUGUGUGUUAAUUCUUAUUUAUGCCUCGAAAGUCCUUGUGGUUUCCCUCAUUUACAAUGUUGUGAAAUACAGAAUUCCCAUUAAACAGACAAAAAAGGAAUAUUUUUGCCACACCCAAACUUAAUCAUAAAUUUGUAGUCCAGCUCUGGAAAAGCAUGUUGAGAUGUGUAGCUAAACAUUUGUUUAAUUCCAGAUGAAACUUUUAUACAAAGUUGUCUUUGCUUGGUUGGCUUCUUCUUUUAUUAUUUAUCCCUUUAUUUUGGAGCUGCAAAUCUGCAGCAGUCUGUUCGAAAAAGUGCAAACACUUUUUUUCCAACAGUAUUUUGAGAUUUGUUUUGAAAAUGUCUUAUUCAAAUCUUGAGCCUAAGACUAAAGCAAGUACUCCAGUACUUCAACUCAAGAUGGAAUUUAUCUGAGCAACUUCCACUUUCAAUGGCGUUAUAUUUGACCAGGAGUAUCUAUACAGUGGUUCCAGUAAUGAAGUUGUGUCCACCACUGCAAAUACGUGAUGCAAAUUAAAAAAGAGAAAGAGGGUAUCUACUGUGAUUUACUGUAAAUACCAAAAAGACACAUUUGUCAACAUAUGUAGGUGCUUACUCAGAUAUUAUCUGCUUUGGGCUCAUGGAUGUGUCCCUCAUGGAUGUGUGGGAUUAAUGGUGUGCAAAGCCCACCAGACUAAUGAAAUGGCUCCUUUGUGCAUCCACACAUUGCUGUUUUUUUUAGCCUCCUGUGUGUAAUGAUGAUUGCUCCAUUUGUGUUUGUAAUUAUCAUCUACUAAAUCAAAAGGAGGAUGAUUACAGAAAACACUUUCAUCAGCCACCAGGAUCUGAACAUUUAGGUCAGACUGAGCUAUUUUUAUAUUGGAGAUGCAGUUAAUGGAAAUAAGAAAAAAAUAAAUGGGGAACAAAGAAGAAGAAGAUAGUGAAGCUAUUUGUAUUGCGUCUGUACUGUGUCCUUUGGUUCCAUGCUGUCCAAGUUGACAUUCCAGAGGAGCAGGGUAAUGUUGUUGUUCUUUACGAGGUCUGUUGAUUCUCUCUAGCUAGUUAUGAACAGUUCUGGUCCGCAGAGCAGAAAAUCUCAUCACUGCGCAUAUUUACAUGGGUCCUGUAACAUAUUGGCAUGGCUGCAAGAAUCUGUAACAGGAAAAGGGUGGGAAUUACAAAUCCUUGUUUACAGUCCUUACAGAAAAUCAGUGCAGUAUUUUCAUUGAGUGAGUGGGUGCUGAUUAUUCACUAAGGGGAGAUCAGGAUCAGCUUUUCCUAUGAACUAUUUUAUCACUUUAUGUCACUUUCAAACUGCAUAAGCUGCUGAAAGAUAAAACAGGAAACUAUCUGAUUUAUGGACAAAUGUCAUGGGAAGGCUGUGUAUAUAGCAAACUUCUGAAAAUAUUAUACAUUCUUUGCAUCAUGAUAUUCUGAACACAAUCAGCAUAUAACAUAUCCAGCCUAGUCAUCCACGCUAUUGUGUACUUUGUCCAUUAGACACUGCCAAAAAGUGACUGCCUCAAGUAUUUCGUGAAAACCAGCCAUAUGGCUUUAAUAUCAAUGGAAAAUAUGACUGUGGGCCUUCUGCACUCUCCAGGCCAUCCCUGCCUCAUUUCUUGCUCUAAAAUAUGCAUGACAAUGGUAAGCCUUUUACAAAGUCUGUUCAUCCUGGCCAACUUUUCCAGCUGAGGAUCUCUGACCCCGGCUUAGCUGUGGGGCCCUCAGGUGUCUGUCAGCAGAAGGAAGAGGGCUCUCGACUCCAUGGAGUGGUAUCUGCAUGAAGAUAGAUUUUCGAUAGGAGUGUAGUCCCCUCCUCAUGCUGCUGUUUCCUCAACUGAGAGCUGGCCUGCUUUAUAAGUGACUCACCACACAGCCAUGCAACAAACAGGGAUUCUUAUCCCCACUCAAAUCCAUCCAUUCAUUGUCAAACUUUUCUGCUGUGUCAGCUGUUGUGAACUUUCACAGUGGGAUUAAGUUUGUGUAUAGACCAUGAUGUUAACCAUAUGGGCAAUUUGGUAGCCUGUAGCCUUGUAGCUCAGCAAUUUGUCCAACUCACUGCUGAUUAUGUGGGUCUGGGUCACUCUGUUGGCAGGGUGGGAACCCAGGUGCAGUUUUCUUACACAUGCUGGAAGAUGUAGCUCCCUCACUGUGUCCUUUCACUGCUCUGGAUUAUUUCAUGUACAAGCAAACUACAACCCCUCUAUGACAUCAUCAGACCGGUAAAGCUUAUUGUACUGGUGAGUUCAUGGGUUUAUAAGAGAUCUGCUUUAGAGAACUAAAGAAAAGAUCUGGAUUCAUUCAUAGUUGAAUGUUAGGUGACGCCACCAAAGCAUAGCUGUAUAGACACAUUGUGGCCCAUGUUUUUCUUAGUAACAGUGUUAACAGGCUAGUGUGUUGAAUACUCGAUUCUGGUUGGUGGAAAUCCAAUAACACUGAUGAUUAAUUCUCAACAUUUAAAUGAACAGCUUGAACCUACCUGUGUAUACUUAGUGGCUAUCAAAGAAACAGCAAAGAGAGGAAGAAAACAGUGCAGAAACGGCAAUGGAGGUUACAAGACACGACAUGAGACAAGACACUGAAUGGAAGAGACAUCUCCAGACAGAUAUGAAGCAAAACAAACAAACAAACAAAAAAAAGGACGGAUUGAAUGUAGAGAUGUCACAAUUUUGUCAUCAGAAUCUGAGGAUAUGAGUUUCUGUUGCUUAAGCUGUAUGGAUAAAUAAUUUUAAAGUAAAUAAAAUCAAUUUUAAAUCAGUAAUGUGUGGCAACUUGUUGAUGUCUAGUUCAAGGGUUGUGAGCAGAAUGAUGUAUAAAGAGCAGGUGGUUGUGUGCAUCAGAAUACAGGAUCAUGAUAUUGAUCAUGAGCAACAUACAGGGCGUUACAUUGAGGAAAUUGGAUUAGUUUUUUCUCUCUUAGUUUUUCUUUGUGUAAUAAAGACUACUACUUUACAUUUGUUUUGCAUCUAUUGAUACAGGAUUAGCCACUGUUUUCAGGUUAUGGAUGAAAAUGAAGAAUCUCUGGACUCCUAUUAUCAUUCACCUGCAUUACGGCCAGCAUUGGUCAUAUACAUUUAAAAGGCUAUGUCAAGUGCAAAAGAGGUGUAACACCUGUCGAGAUUAAUGCAGCACUUAGAUGUCUUAGAUGAGAUGACUUCAUAGUUAAACUAUAGAUGAUGGUGAUGCAUGGCAGAGGAAGUUUUUGUUCUUUUAUUGCCUACCAAUGGCUUCACCACAGGAGUCUCAAAUAGUGGCCCAUUGGCUGAGUAAUUACCCAUACCAUCGUCAGACCAUAGUGCAUGGGCUCUGAGAUGGAUCCCCAAUUGCUAUCAUUGUGAAUUGAACUUCCUUCAUAGCCAAUCACCAUCAACAGUCUCAAACUGCCACAGGAAGACAAGAAACUCAUGCUUGCUUACUUGACAUGAUACAAGCAGCAUAGGUCUAUAGAUAUGACAUCUCAGCUGCACAUGUGCAGUGUAUCACUUUUAAGCUGCUUGUAUUGGCAGUUUCAUUUUCAAAGUUCGGGACCAUGACCAAAAGUCAGUUUUCUGGUUUAGGGAAUUUUUCACUUGUCGUCAUGUCAGUUGCUUUUUUAGUUUCUUUUUUGUGCAUGUAACUUUGUGGCUUUUUAAACUCUGGUGUGUUGGAUCUUUACAAGACACCAAAAUGACAGUCAGUUUCGAGUCCAGUUUUUUUUUGCUUAGUCUUGGCUCCUGAGGACACAAAGAAAUCACUCCACAUUAAAUCCUGUUUGCCAUAUCAGAUGCAGUUGAACAGCUGGGAAAAAUUCUAGCUGCAUACGCUACCAUUCACUGUAUAUAAUGUGUAAUGGCUUCAAGGCUGACAUUUCACAUCAUUGGUGAACCCUUUACUUUUCAAUCCCCCUCAUUGUUUGACAGGGAGUCGUGCACUCUGUUAUAAUAGCUGUGUAUUGUAUAGAUUUCAUAUGGUCAUUCCUCUUCCUGCUAAAGAGUCGACCACAUGACUUGGCAAGCAUCCAAAGUGUAGAUCUGCUCACUGUGCUCUGAUCUGAGGUUACUAUUUGAGAAUAGUGGUUUGGACCACUUUCACCAAGUUAAGUGGAUAGGUUCAACUUUAUUUCUGGGCAACCUGGUCUUGAUUUGUUCAGUGUCAGCCCUGAGAGGAGUUAUUGUGGUUACUGCUGCUGCAAUCUACUUUCAAAUAUGUUUCAGUGUCUCUAUUUGGCACAAGGAUAUCAACUCGAAGCCAGGCUCCUUGAGGACUGUGAGAAAGGAUGAAUGGAGCCAGCCAGUGGGUGGUGGAGACCCUCCCAGUCGGGUACCAUCCAGCCAAGAUCUAACCUAUGAUGGCCCUUGAACAGCCCCCCCAGUGGCUUUGUGUAACUCUGAUUUGGGCCAGUCUUGUUUCGCUGGUCAGGUCUUGACUUUUCUGUCUGGUUUUGGAGGCUUGAUGAAUGGUGCUAGAUAAACAUCCAUAGCUUCCACUUGUUGAGCACUUCCUGUUUGGUGUCGCCCAAGUCCUCUCGUGCAGCCAGCAAGGGAGCAGCGGCGGGACAAAAGUUCACGACUCCCAGAGAAUGACUCCCAGUUAGCCAGCUGGUCAGCAUGGAUUGCCAGCCAGCCAGCGAGCCUGUUACAGAACAUUCCUCUUCAGCCAGGCAUUUUUGGAGGAUGAUGUGCUGUUGCUGGAGAUGGGUGGGAUUAGACUGCUAGGAAACUGAAAUAUUUCAAGCUAAACACUUGCUUUGGUUGUACUGAACAUCUGACAGAUUAUGACAGAUACUGUCAUGAGAAUGGUACAAUAAAAACAGCUUCGAUCUCAGGCUUUAUAAGACCAUUUUUAACUUACAACUAAGACAUCUUCCACAAACCAAGAAUGAACCAUGUUAUUUGGCAUUAUUUCAAGUUUUUCCUGCAAUCAAAAGUGGUGCUAAGAGCUUCGCAGAAAGAAAACAUUCAAAGAGCUUUGGGCAUAGGUAAUGGAAAAAACAUUAAAUCUCUGUUUUUAUGAAAACUUACAGCAUAGCAUUUGUUUGUAUGGUGUUGCUGCGUUUUCAAUCCAGCUGGAAAUGCUGUGAAAAGCAGCUGCCUCAGCCACAGGUCUCCCCACUGGUUUUGUCUGAGCUCUAACUCCCAGCUCUGGUUGAGAUCUGUACAGCUGCCUCUGUAAUUAGUGAGACAAAGGCUUUUGAGUCAGAAAGAGGCUACGUUAGGCUCCAUACAGUAAAAGAAAAAAAAGCUGAAUAUGAUAAAAACAAAAGGAUUUGAGGUUUUGUUAAUCUUUGGUUAAUAUCCGUCUGGUGAUGCAAGGUAGCCUCGCACUUGGCAGAGGAAACAAAAUCAGGUUAACAUUCCUGCCUCGAGAUUUAUUACUCUGAGCUGCAAAAGCAGAGACACCUUUGUUAGUUUGCAUUCACAUAUUCUCAUGAGGAUGUUGUAUCAGCCUUCAGGUGCCAUCAAGCAAAGGUUUAUGUGUUUUAUUCUUAUCAAGAUAUUACGAUUAGGCGUUAAGACUUUAAUCCAUGUAUGACCGUCCUUAAGUCUGACUUAAAAUGGGUUUGCUCUGAGAGAAAGUACCUUUAAAAGUGAGUAAUGGAAAAUAAAGUUAUAAAGAGAAGAAACUAAAGCGUAAAAAGCAAGAAAGAGGAGUGCAGAUGGAAAAAGUAGACUGCAGUUCACAUGGACUAAAACUAACUGAAACUCACAGAGAAACAUACGGGAAAUAAAUCACCGCCAUCUCCCUCACUCCCUUCCUUCAACAGUAUGAGCCCACAUCUGCAUGUUCCUAUGGAGCUGGCAGACAUAUUUCACCCCAGAGGACUUCUCAACAGCACAGGACUUAAUGUGUGAUAUCCAUGAGGCCAGACAUUUCCUGGAGAGCACAUUCAGCUUCUUCUCAAAGAAAAACAGGUCACACUUGAGUCAGAAUAUUCUGUGUAAGUACGGGUUUUGACUGCACACUGUCAUGGUUUUAGUCAUUUUCCAAAUUAGAAAGUCUUGAUAUUCAUUUGUAGCCAGGCUGGUGUAUUCCAAAACCAUAUAGUAGCCAUAUAGUCAAAUGAACUCUUCCAUACACAACUAAAAAGCCUACUAGCACAAGGAAUCUAUCAAUUUCCCCAGUCUUGGAGUAAUUUGUGGAAAAGGGAGAGAGAAGAAAAAGGGGGGAAAAAAAUCUCUGAUGUUAAGUGAGCUAAGUAAUUUCUACCAUCUGUAGUGCACAUUUCUGCCGCCUUGCUCUCCUCUAAAUGUAAAGUGGCAAGGCAGAACACAGGGCUCAGCCACAAAAGUGAGCCAAUGACAGAGUGGAGAAGAGUGUGGUCCUCCCUGGGGAGGGGGGUAGGGGAGACUAGGAUGGCUGUUUUGGCAGGCUUUGCAUGGGGCACAGAGAAGGUUGUGGCCACUAAUGUUAAAGCAGUGCCAGACCAUCGACAGAAGGCCACUCCUGCCACUAAGUGUGCCUCUGCUUUGGGUCUAUCCUGCAAUUCUAUGUUGCUUCAAACUGCCCUUCACCAUACUUAACCUCCGCUGGUGAUGGGAGAUAAUCUUGCAUUACCCUGAUCUCUGUUAUUUCUGGCUGAAUGGGCUUCGACUGUGAUUAUAUUGAGGUGGUAGGCAGUGAUAGUUAUAUGGAACCAUUUCAUCCUCAGGAAUCCGGGUGUCUUUGUCCUCAUGAAGCCAGCCACGUGUCGUGAUUUAUCAGUUACUUUCUGAGAGACUCUAUUAGUUUUCAUUCAUUAAUCUGUACCUGUAAAGUUCCCAAAAAGAGGACAUGUCACUUCCUUUUUAAUUUACUCAUUAAUGCUCCAGUUUCGCCUCUCCCUGGACUCGUGCACUUGCUGACAACCUCAGCACACUGACAGGACCUCAACCAUGACAAAAUGCUCAAGAGCAAGUUUGCGCUGACACUGACACUGCCCUUUUUUUUAGAUGUUAACCUGUGUUUGUUUGACCUGGUUUAUCUUUAACUUAAAUUUCAGGGUUAGUCGAAUGGAUGUUAUAAUCAUGACUUAUGCCCAAACUGUGUGAAGUACCCUUCAAUGAAGACCACAUAUUUUCUGUUCUAACUACACAGUCAUAUCAGCGUGGCAACAUUUGAUCUCUGCUGCAGGAGCAGGUUGCAGAAUGUCUUACUUUUGGUUGUUGUCUCAGUACUGUUUGCCUUUCCUGCUUUUCAAAGUAGUGAGUGAUCUGUCAACCUGAUAGGAAGGUGGCAGGGGAAGUGCAAUUACUUGUCAAUACAACAUGAAUGCAACAAGAGGCUGAUGUGUUGCAAAGGUCUAAAAAAGCACUUAAAUGCAGCUCAUUUUAGAAGCACAAUUUUACCUCAAAAAAAGGCACUACAGGAGAAUCGGAAAGAUACGUACUUUUAUUACAAUCCUGCUUUUGUUUGUUGGAGCGUUUUGAAACCCAAGGGGGAACAGUUAGACACCCAGCAUGACUCCUUUAGUCGCUGUGUGUCUUUCUCCAGGCAUUCUUGCUGUUCUGUUCGUUCCCCUCAGAGCCGCUCCCUGUUUCCAUAUUCUCCCUCGCUCCCGCUCUCCAAUCUGCUGUGGUUGGUGGAGCAGCACAGCUUGUUCAGUUUGUGUGCCUGCGUUCAAAUGACUUUUUUUUCAGUAUUGCACUUGCUAUUAUUUCAGUCUCUGCGCUUGCAUUUCUGUCUAUGUUUCAAAGGAAGGAAAGGAAGGCUGGUUUCGUUUUAAUAGAUUUUAAUUUUAGUUUUAAAUUCUUUCACACAAUUACAGCCGUAUUUCUCUGGAACUCCUUCAGCCUGUGUGAAGUAGGUUUGUAUUAUUUGUCACAUAGAGAGGGGAAACCACAAGCAGUUAGUGCCUGCCCUCUUUCUGAAAACCCCACAGUAAUUAUUAAUGUCUCUGUUGAGCAACAGCAGCAUGUUCCAACAUCCUGCUAUUACCGCGCACCUUCUGACCUUCUGCCCCAACAGAACAAGAGAAAGUGCUGUCGCCAUCAAUCUCGCACGUUCCCCCCUGGUUCACCUGUUUAUUUGCCCCGUGUGGAGGUGAAUCUGGCGGCUGUUCCCUGCUUCUCCAAGCGAGGGAGGGGAGAUGGAGUGUGUACUGCAGUAUAUCUGUAAGGCGGAGGUGCUGGCGGAGAUCACAGCGGGGCUAUAACUCAUCAGUGGUGUGCGGGGGCCUGGCCAAGCAUGUCUUAGAUCACACUGCUCUCUUCCUGAGAGGCCUAAGAUCCUGUGACUCAGCCUUCCUCUUCUCCGUUUGGCCUCUAGACACUGUCGAUACAUGCAAAACUCCUGCACUCAUAGAUGCAUGUUAGCAGAUGCCCACACAUGUGCAGGACAUCAUCAUUGUAGAAGGAUGAGACAGUUUCUAUCAUGUAUGUAAAAAAUUGGUACAACAAGGCCAACAGCCACCUGGCUCUCAUCGGUGAUACAGUGGCUGGAAACCAAGCACUGACCUCAUCACCAUUUUCUCCAUUUUUCUCCACAAGGCUUUUUGUUCUUCCAGCCAAAUUAUAACAUCAGAGUUUUCUUCUCUGAAUGUGAACAAUCAAGCAUCUAGAGAAUUUGUGUGGGGUUUUCUUUGGAGGGUUUCAAACCAGGAAGAGAUUUGGCUGCACACACACAGCACUGUUGUUGAUGUAAAUUUGGUAGGCAGUAUAGCUUUGUUAAAGUCGCUUGAUGAUUAAAAGAGGUUUAGGAUGACGUGUGUUUAGUCUAAUUUUACGUUGUGGUCUGGUCAAAGUUCUGGACCUGGAAUUGGUGGUAAGAGUUCUGAUUUCACCUUGUCUGCAGCAGAAAUGCAGAAACACACACACACACACACACACACACACACACACACACACACACACACACACACACACACACACACAAACUUGUACGCUUACAGCUGGAACGAAACAGAAGUGAAUUAAUUGCAUAUGAACACUUGGCACUUUUUCAGACUUUUGGGUUUUUCAGGCCGCUAUAUCUAAGUUUGGCUGCAGUGUUCACACGUCUUUGAAAUCUGCAAAAGUAAGACAAGGACUGAGAUGUUUUUAAGGGCUUUGAAAACAAGUCAAUGCUGGUUUGUGCAAAAAGAAAAAAAAAAAACAGCUGCAGAAAGUAGGUAGAGUCACAGCUAAGUGAUAGUGAAGAUUCUCAGCUUUUGUGGUUGAAAGUUCUCUGUUACGGUUUGAUGCACAUUGAAAUGCAACGGUGUAUUUAAAGUUCAGCUUUAUUCCAUGCUUAGCUGAAACUUUGAACACUGAGGAGCAUCAGAUAAGAAAAACUUAAUUGUGUCAUUCAGACUGAACCUGUCAUUUGGAUGUUCCACACCAAUACAGGCUCUUGCAGAAAAAACAGUGAAUGAACCGUGAGCCUUAUUCUGCCACAUGGAAGGAAACAGGUUAGUCAGCCCGUAAAGUGAGACAGCCGCAGCUUCUCUUGCCGUUCUCCCACCAAAUGAGUUUCCUUUCCGCUGCAUGUGGCUGCUUUAGUCAGUUGCUCUGAGUGGAGUCUUUCCUUUUGCAGUGGAAAGAAGCUCACUUGUCUUCAGCAGGAGCACAUGUUAUGAACUUGCACAGGUUUUGGAGAGAGAAAGAUUAGUUUGCUUGAUCAUGCUUGUCUUUCACUCAGCCCCCUCUAGUUCCUGGUGUGUUUUCUUGGCCUGGUCCUGCAAACAAAGUAGUAAAUAUGUAAUGCACUGUUGAAAUGAAGAAUUCUCGCUUUUCCUUUUUCAUGCACUGGCUACAAAAUAGAAAAGAAGAACCUUCUAUGCAGUUCAGGUAACACACUAAUAUGGAACAAUAUGUGCAAAACCACUAAAGCAUCUUGCUUGAUGAAAGGAAAGGUUAAAUCAUUAAAUCUUUGUGUCUUAUUAGCAGGAAAACCAUCAACACAUUCAUGAAGUUGACAUCCUUUUUGGGUGUUAAAUAGUUACUACUUCCUGCUGCAGGGUGAGUUGCAUGACAUUUUUAAUAGUAGAGACAAAUUGGCCCACCUACUCCUGAUGAACAGAUGGAUAUCUAAAAUUUGAAAUACAUGUAAUGAAAAUAUUUUCCUUUUUUCAAGAGGGGUCAAACUUCUCUGACUCUGUAUAACAACAUAACAGACAGUUCAUCGUAGUGAUGGGAAUUACGGCUCUUUUUAGUGAGCCAGAUCAUUUGGCUCAGCUCACCAAGAAGAGCCGGGUCUUUCGGCUCCCAAAUAGGAGUGGGAGAAAAAAUCAAUACAGCAUAGUACCGCAAUGUUUUGUCUGGUGAUAUAUUGUAUUGUCUCAUUUACCAAGUAACGAUUUUUCAAAUUAAUUGCUAAUAUGAAGUCAAAUCUAUGAUAAUGGAAAAAUAAAAUCAACUGUUCAUAGAGCAGGAGAAAGUUAUUUCAAUAAAUAUAUAUUAGGUUUGCAAGAUGUGCUACAUGAAAAUGAAAUACAGUGUACAUAAGACAAACAUAAAGGGAAGCCAAAUGCUAAAUUAGCUAAACAGCUGAAAAAACUGUUUAGAUCGCAAUAUAUUAUAUCGCAAUACUCACUGUAUUGCAAAAUAUAAAAAAUCUCAAUAAUAUCGUAUCGUGGCCCAAGUAUCGUGAUAAUAUCGUAUCAUGGGGCCACUAGUGAUUCCCACUUCUUGGUCCGUUCACAACCAACACAUCAUUAGUUCAUUGUAAUUUUUAGCCAUUUUCUUGCGUGUUUUAGUCUGCUUUUUCAGUUUUCUCUCCCUCCCUACUGCUCAUCUGGUAAAAGCUGCUCAUUUGAAUUUGUAAAUCAUCGAGGGGAAAAAGUACUUAAGUUGAAAAAUGUUACCAAACAUCCUGCCACACUUAAUUUCAUAUUUUUCUGCUUCACUGCUCACUCUGGUUAAAGAGCAGUCUUGCAAUAAUACUGGUACAAAGUUGAAUUAAUUUCCUUAAAAAGAAGAGCCUUUUUGAUGAACAGAGUAACAGUGGAAAUUGCCUCACAGGGGGAAAAAGGACUAUGUGAAUCAAAGGAGAAUUGUUUAAAACUAAGAAUUAUGGAUCGGAAAGAACUCAAAGCUUUAUUUUGAAUUUUAAAUGCCUAAUUUGGUACAACAAUGUUAUAACUGAAUGUAUGGAGUCUUUGAUAAAGAUGUUAAGUAAUUCAAAUUUUGUAAAAUAUUCAAAAGCUUUAAAUUGGUAAGAUUAUCCAACCUUUGUAGAAGUAUUGAUUACUGUACUGGUUUGGCAGUGACUCAGUUUCAUUUGAUUUUGUUCAGACAUAAGGGAUAUUUAAACAUUUGGGGAAAUUUGCUUAUUGAUUUUAUUACCAAGUUAAACCGUUUUUGGCAAAGCACAGUGACUUCCUAUAGUCUUGUUGUCACUAUGGAGUUGUUAGAUAACCAGAACAGGAAGUUACUCCCAGCCAAGGAAUACUCUGGCAUGUAACCCAUACUAAGACUGCAACUGUUCAUUUGAACACUUCCCUUUUUGCACAAAACAAAGAAAUGAACCAGCUGAAAUUAGUGAGCUGUAGAGAUGGGUGUAAGUGGAAUUUUCUGUUAGUUUUGGAGGUUUUUUUUUAGGCCCUCCAUUUUCCAUUAAAACACCAUUGUUACAGAUCUAGUGAUGCUGUCCUUUUUAUCCCACAUAUUCAUAUUCCUAUUUCAACAGCAGUGAGGACAAGUGAUUUAUCAAGCAGCAGGAACAUCAAGCAGCCAAAUUAUAUGGAAAAUGUUAAUAGAGGACCAGAAGCACUUAAUGCUGAACAAAACAUUGGAAAACCAAAGUGUUCCCAGUUUGCCCUCUUUUGAUGCUGCUCUCCAGUUUACAAAUGAUUGACGUUGAUGCCCUCUUUGAAAUCAUUGCACCAUUUGUGCCAUCUGUGGCUGUUUCCACGCUGUUAUUGGAAAACUUUUGCUCGGUAAUACUUACAUAAAAGUAAUGAAAUCAAAUACAAUUCCACUGUUGACUUUGACACGCUUUUCCACAGCGUUUUUGAUGUGACGUGAACAAAGUAAUUGUGAUUUUCCAUCGUUGAAAUUUCCAAUGUGUGUUCUUGACAAGUUAUUGAGGGGUAUUUUCCUUUGUUGUGAUCUUUAAUGUACACCUCAAAAUCAACCAAUGGUUUUCUCCGUUUGCUUUUCCUGAAACCUUCAGGAUAGCUAAUUCAAUCUUUUGGUAGUCAAGACUUCCAGGAGUUUUUCAGUUUUGCACAUGUUUUUCAUUACAUUUGCCGUAAAUUAGGUUACUUUUUAUUUACUGUGUGCCAUUUGAUUCAAGAUUUCUCUUAUUUUGCUCCUUUGAGAUGUUGUCAAGGACUCUCAUUUUAUCAAACAGGAAAACAUCAAAACAACUGUGUUCAUAUCCUCUGUGUUUGUGCUCUAUUAUACAAUUGUGGGGUUAUCAGUCAAUGGACUUACUUGUCUGGUGAGAAAAAAGGAACUUAUAUCAUUCAGAUCUUGUGACAGUGUUAAUCUUGCCACCUCAAGCUAAAUGAACAACUCCUUCUACCUCCUGACUGUGGCUCCAUGUUUCAUAAGGAGGCCAGUACCUUGAUAAAAACUCCCUGCAGAGGUUUUCCCCCUGGAAGGGAGGUUGAAUAAUUUGCCCUUUUUCUUGUGAUGAUUCAGCAAGCUCAUUCGAUCCCAUUUGUACUUUGUGACCCACCUAGGUGCCGGCUAAAGGGCAACUGUCAGAGGAAGGAAAUGGAAAGUGCAAGACUUUCAAAUUCACCUUUAACACCAAAGUCUAUGUUUGUUUUGAACUGGUGUCAGGAUGAAACAUGUUCAGUGUUUUCAACUCAUGCAUGCAUUUUAGGUCUGCUUGUCCAGGCACACUCACUGAUUCAAAAUACUUGGCAAAUGUUAUGCAUAACAGGAGUAAAUGUCACAGUUCUGUCUAGAAAAGAAAAAAAAAGUUUCUCAAGGACUUUAGUAUAUAAAUCUUGGUCAUAAUAGUUGCAUUUUAUUGGGUAAGUGAAGUACACUAAAUCUCAGAAUUUCACUGACUAGAAAUCUGUCCUGAUGGUUGCCUAAGUCUUGUUACGAAACUGCCUCUGUUUCCCUUUUUCUCAGAGUAGCUCUCUAUUAUCACUUUUUUCUAGCUUGGGUUGUGAGUUCAACAUGAAAUGUAUGUACAAUGUGUGUCUUUGACCCACUCAGACAUAUGGGGGUCUGUGGAAAGGGAUGGACAACUAGUUUUGAGACCUUUGUCUUGAAUGAGGGAGCUGAUAAACCCUCUUGUUUUCCUCUUUUUGUCCUUUAAAUUGUCCUUUUCUUCCUCCUUUUCACCCUUUUCCUUGUCAAAAUGUAUAGCAUUGAAUUCCAGGUUUGUACAAUGGGAGUCAUGUCAGAUUAGUUAUUCAAAGGGUGAAAAUAAAGGAUGCAUAGGCCAUCAUUAUGAAAGCAAAUCACAUGACAGCAUGCAGCCAGAGAUCACAUGACUAUCAUACAGAAUUACAAAACUGGCAUUUUCAAAAAAAGCAACCACUUUGAAGUGUCUUUGUGAAUAGAGUCUUUGUUGGGGGUCCAAAACACUAUGUAAGUGUGGAUGAAAGGCUGACUCUGAAUUCUAAGAAAAGGACAAGUUUUGGAAAGCUUGAGUGAACAGAGAAACCAAUCAGCUAGUUAGGUUAAUCAAUUUUUUGGUCUAGAAAGAAACAAUUCAUGGCUGCUUUGAUCAUUUAUUUUUAGGGAGGGAUUAUUAUGCAGUAUUUCUUAUUUUAGGAAGUCACUUCACCAGGCUCAAGCUGUACAUUUGAAAUCAUGGUGCUGCUACUUGACUUCGCAUGCAUGUAAACCUUUAACUCCGGCAGACUAAUCUAGACCGGGACGUUUUGCUGUAACUGUCCACCUCAUCUUUCUGGCCUGCUUCCAGACCGAUAAAGGUGUGCGGCAGCCUGAGGUCAAGCAGCAUACUUUUCUUUACUGUUAUCACAUGGCCAUCUGUCAGAGCCUGCGCACUGCUCUCAACACUGCUUCCUUUUCACCACCCACCUCUGCUACACAUCACAAAUGCACAGAAACAUAAACGUCUAACUACAUACUCUAACCUAUCAUGUGGACACUGUUCUCUUAAGACUAAAAUAGUUGUGACUAAGUGCCCUGAAACAUUCAUUUUUCUGUCAUUUUCCAGUGAUAGUGAAGAACGCUUGGCACAAACUCCAGCCUUGUUUUCAGUUUUUAUGUCAUAGUCAUCAUGAGAAGAACAUGGAUGAGUUACGACUUAUGACUCAUCUCCCUUAUUUAUCAUUGUAAGCUUUUCAAUCCAACCAACAGUGAUAGCAGUGCAGGAAAACCAUCAAUAUUGCUCAAUGCCAAACGGCAAACUGGGUUAUUCAAACCAGAUCUUUUUUCAUAGCUGUCUUGAGGUAAUUUGUUUUAGCCUUGCCAAGAAAUAGAACCAUAUUUCAGAUCUGUCCAGCUCCCUGGCUCUCCCUACCCCGGUCAUGUCUCUUUUUUCCUCAUCUCUCUUUCCUCCAACUUUCUUCCCUUUUACAAGGAUUUAGCAUAUCAAUGGCAGAUUAGUUCGUUUAACAAAAGCUUACUCCUGCAAAGCCCCUUUCCACUCGUCUCUCCAGCCUGACUUGUGGACCUCACACACAGCUCCUCUGCACUGGGGUCUUUGGUGUGCGUGUGUGGUCGCGGCUGCUUGGCUGAAUGGAUUUGUGUUUGAAGAUGACAUGCUUAGUCACUAUGGGCUUCAGAGAUGUAUGCAGUAACAUGUGUGGGAGAUAAUAUGCAAAGAUGCAUAAGUGUACAGAGGGUUUAUUUGUUAUCAUGCAUACAUGCUGGGAUUUCAGGUUUAGGCCAUCACUUUAUCAUUUUAUCUCUAUGAUCUGGAGCUGUACUGUACAAUGAGCCCAAACCUGCCAAUCCAUUGUUCUUGGACCUCUGGCUUCCUCUUGCUUUAAUGGGGCACGGAAAAAAAGUAUUGUCCUCUGCCCUUGAAGCCUUUGCGUGCCAACCUGCAGAUGCUUUUGCUCUGGAAUGAGACCCUGUCUGUAGGGUGGAAAGGGUUGUGCAGGGUGCCAAGAGGAGGUGACUCCAGCUGGCUAGAUUUGGGUAUCAUCAAGUGAAUUUUGAGUGUGUGUGGGAGGAAAACCCCACUGUGACACUGAACCCGGCUCAGGAAGGAUGCCCCGCUGCCUGUGUUGGUGUAGGUUUGAUCCACGUAGCAUUAAUCACCUCAAAGAGAGACAGCGUUUAGGAUGUAGUUAUGUCAGGAGGAGGGGGUGAGUUGGAAAUGUUCCAUUAGACAGGCACGUGCCUUGUAUUGGACUCUGGAUGUAGCUUAAAACAUUAGGACUUGAUUUUUCUCGAUAAUCUUAAUGCCGUCGAAAUGCAGGUAUUUGUUCAACCACUGACCUCAUUGAAUUUCCCUUUGGGGAUCAAUAUCUCAUCUUAUCUCAUCUCACCAUAUUUUAUCUAAUCUCAUCUCAUCUUAUUUCAUCUCAUCUCAUCUUAUCUUUUCUCAUCUCAUCAUAUUUUAUCUUAUAGUAUCUCAUCAUAUCUUGUUUCAACUUAUCUAAUCUCAUCUCAUCUUUUCCCAUCUCAUCUUAUCUUUUUUCAUGUCAUCUUAUUUCAUCUUAUCUCAUCUUUUCUCAUCUCAUCUUCUUUUCUCAUCUUAUUUUAUCUUCUCUCAUUUUUUUCAUCCCAUCUCAACUUAUCUUAUCCUAUCUUAUCCCACCUCAUAUCAUCUUACUUAUCUUAUCUCAUCUCUUUUUAUCUGACCCCACAUCAUAUCAUCUCAUCUGAUUUUAACUUGGUUGAUAGGAGAACAUCUCCAAACCAUGAGGUCCAGACACUACAAAAGCCCAUUGGUAGAAAGAAGUUGCAUCUAUUUUGACUAUCUCUACAGGGAUCAUUUAUCAGACUGCUUACAUACACCCAGGCCUGCAUGCAUUUCUUGAAACUGAGAUUCAAAAAAAGUGAUAAACCUGCACAACUCUUGCAGCAGUAUGAAGACACCAUCAAAGCUUUCACUGAGCAUAUUAUAGCAUUGCCUCAAAAGUGUUUAAACCCUGGACUAUUUUGCUGGAGGAAAUGUUUUCUGGUUUUGUCAAAGAAAGGAACAAAGCAGCACUUGAUUUAACGCUAUGAGCUUUUACCUCACACAACCCCAGCACCCUGUUGUUUUGGAGUGACCGCUCAAGUUAUUAUUGGAGUAAUUCUGAGAUGGAAAUGAAGCAGUAAUUCUAUGCUUCAAUUUACUCGGAUUUGAAUUGCCAUAUUUACAUGAAGGGUCACUUCACCUAAAUUACAUUAAAUAUAUAGCAGUGCUAAGAGCUUUUGGUCUGGAUGGAUCUGCCAGGGAGUUUUUUACCCAUUGCCCAAUACACUGGAGGGGAAUGUGAUGGGUUUGGAGCCCUCCACAGCAGUGUAACAAUACCUGGUUACUUGCUGAUCUGUCAGUUAUGGUUACAAUACAUCCCCAAUUAUUGGUUCAUACACACUAAGGUACAUUGAUGCUUUGACUAAAUAUUUUCCCCCAGAGUUAACAUGUACAAAGUUUGCCACUGCCAUCCUGCACCCAGUGCCUGGUGAGUCCUUUCUAAGACUUAAAGAUCUACAAAAUGUAAUAUUUUUGGUAUGAUCAAUAGUCGAUACAAAAUGUGGUCUAAGCAUUUUCACUGCCUGGUUUCUGGAGUGGCGUUAUGAAACCCGUUGAUGGUGGUUGCCACAUUGGAAAUGCUGACACAGCCUCGGCAGAGAGAUAGGGUCGAAGUGCACAUAACCUCUACCUUAGUGUGUAAAAAAUUUCACUUCAUCUACAUUGUGUGUGAAUAGAGAAACAAGCUAUUCAGACAAACGAACAAAAAAAAAGGUUUUGUUCCAGGCUGUUGGCUUGUUUAUUUUUGUUAUAAAGAUUGUUUUUUACGUGGGUGCAUCAGUGACCUCCAAGCCUCAAGUGGACAGUCAAGUAACUGCAGUUUGUAGCACUUCCCCUUUAGCUCCAUUGCUUAGUAGCAGAGGUUUCUGCUUGGUAAUGAUGCAUUUAAUUAAUCUGAGGAAAAACUGUUCUCUUCUAUUACUAGAUCAGAUCAGAGGAUGGAGCCAUGAGGACCGGGAUCUUUGUCGGAUUGUGUCUCUCCAUCCACUCGUCCACUUUGCUGUCUAAAUGAACAGAAGAGCCCUCUUUGUAGUUAUCAGUUUCUGUGUAGAAUCACAUUUUCGCCUUCUGACAGAUCACUCUUCUGGCUUUGUUGACACCAGUCAUCUGAUACACCCAUGUUUUCCUGAGCCAUCAAUCUGUCUCACUGUCUCUGGAUCUGUGGUUCUUGGCAGCAGAAAUGCUCCAGGUGUCUUGUGUGUCCCGUGCCCAGAUGCUUUGCCAGCUCAGGCGCUCCUGGGCUGUAGUGGUAUUGUUCUCUGUGGCCCACUGUGUGUGACCCUGGUUCAGGGGGAAGCAGCUGGUGGAAUCCUUUAGUAUCAGCCCGCCUGGCACUGAGAAGCAGCUCAACUGUGGGAGCAUAGCUAUGUCCUAAUCUCACUUUAAUUGAUACAAACCAUGAGGGAUAACUUGAGACAUCCAUCAAAUGUUGAUCAGCUUCUUUUGUUGUUGGUUUUUAUUUUUUUGCACAGUUCAACCCAGUAAUGUGAUGUAAUGUGUUGGCAUACAGUGCAAAGAAUUACCUUUAAAAGAGAAGUCAGAAAUGUGAGCUGGUUUGCCAUGAAUACAUGUAGGUAUGUUACGUGAUUGUGUGCCUCCCGUCAUGUACACCUCUCUUUAAAAUGCGACGGGCUGCCCUCGGAACAGGAAGUGACUCAGUAAUAACUGGUACUGCACUUCCUGCGAGCUGCCUCUCCUCAGCUCCUCUCAGGAUGUGUACCUCCUCCUCCUUUUUCUGUCUCCUUCUACCACCACCCUCGUCACCGUCCCCUUCUGUGACCACAUGACUUCACAUCAGUAUAUUAAGCUCUGGGUCUGACCUGGCAGAGACUGCUUAGUUGCAGUUUUUGUGUGUAACUUGAUUUCAGAGUAGUUUAUAAAGAUUUUUUCAUGAUUGCACUAAGAAAUCACUGUGCCCAUUGAAAAACUAUGAAUUAAUGCAUCAGAUUUUAUAUAGCACUCUAUCAGAGACCCUUAAAGCGCUUUACAUUGGAUAUAUCAUUCAUUCGCUCACACAGUCACACCCUGGUGGUGGUUAACUACCUUAGUAGUCACAGCUGCCCUGGGGUAGACUGACGGACAGUGGCUGCCAUUUUGCACCUACCUACGGCCUCUCUGACCACCACCACACAACACUCACAAUCGUACACCAGUGGAGGACAAACACUGGGAGCAAGUUGGAUUAAGAGUCUUGCCCAAGGACACAACAGACAGAUUAGGGAUAGGGGGGAAUCGAACUGUCAACCCUCCGGUUAUUGGACGACCACACUACCUCUUGAGCUACUGCCAGCCCAAAAUAAAUAAAAGUCAUUCAUGAAUCAUGCAGUGACUCUUAAUCGUAUGAGUAACUUUUCAUUGGUGUUGGUUUUUGCAUCCUCUGUGAACAAAGCAGUACUUCCUAUGCCUGCUGAUUUUGCACUAUAAAUAUCAAAGUAUGUUUACAUCUACUGACCUAAUAUAGUCAAAUAUAUGACUUAUUAAGAAUCUGUGCUGUGGAAAAGAUAAAAAGACGGUUUUGGGUGUGUGUUACUGAUCUCAUCUGACACCUACCCCCCAAAUCAUUUCCAUGCUUUAAAAAUAACUACAGAAAUAAUCAGUGUUGAUGUUGCCGGUCUUGUUUGCUUUUGUGUGUCAUGAAGAGGCAGAAGUAAUAGUUUUACUCAUAGGAGCUUUAAAGUAACAAAGUUAAAUCACCUGUCCCUGUUGUCCCUUUGUUAUCGUAUCAGAUGCAGACCCACCACAGUGCGCCACCCAUCACUGUCCGUCUCUGUGCUUUUAGAUGAUCUCUAUCAUUGUUCAUCAGGCUUGGAACAGUUGAUAUCUUUACUUUCUUUGCUCAUAUCUUCACUCAGUAUCUCUCCACCUCUCUCCAGUUUCCAGAGUGCGGCUUCUUCGGCAUGUACGACAAGAUCCUGCUGUUUCGCCAUGACUUGAAUGACGAGAACAUCCUGCAGAGGCUGACAUCAGCUGAAGACAUCCAUGAAGGAGACCUUAUUGAAGUGGUGCUCUCUGGUAAGUUCUGCAGUGAAACUCUACUGUGAAAAAAAGGCCCCAUGUCUUGCCUUGAAUGUGUUGAAUGACCACUUUAAGUCUUUGUGAAGGAAAAGAAAACAUGAACUGACAGACCUUUAUAAACUGUUGCUCUUGGCAACAGUGACGAAUGAAUAAAAGGUUUAACCAUCACACUUUUAUGUGUGUAUUUUGAAUAUUUUUUAAAAGCAUAUGAAAGAUAUCAUGUAGCUCUUAAUUUACUCUGUGUGUGCUUUAAAUGUUGAAGUUUAAGGCUGUAAUUGUUAGUGAUGGUACAGAAACCCAACGAAAGUUUUUGGAGUAAAAGUAAAGCAAAUGAUCUCUUCUGCGGUUUUGAUUUAUUCGUGUUAGUUGAAAUGUCACCAAUGAUUUGGAUAGAGCAAAUGUCCAAAGAAAUUUGGUUUUUCUAGAUUUCCAAAACAGGAGGAAAAGCUGUAAACUUCCAUCAAGCAGUAUAAACCAAGAUUUUUAAAGUCAAAACAAUGGACUCAAACUAAUAAACCAAGAGAGCUUUGCUGUGUUCAAUUUUUGGUGUCCUGUCCUACUUGACACCCCUUACAAUAAACACAGCCUGUGCUGACGUGUUACAGCGUUACUAAAUCACAUCUGCUGAAACAAAAUAGUCAUUGUUCAUUUUUUGAAAAAAGCUGUUGAAUCAAGUGACUCACCCAACAACACACUAAUUACAUGUACCCCUGCUUUUCAUUUUGUGAUAAAUAAGCUCUUUUUUUGAACCAAAAAAAAAGUUUCCAUCCGAUUUUUGCACCUUUCUGUCAGCUACACAGGUGCUUGGCUUUUCUUUGUCACUUCCUGUGAUAAAUGAAUCAGCUUCCUCUGCAGCGCUGAGACCAACAAAUGGCUUAGAGUAUCUGUUCUGCACUAAUCCAUUCUCCUGCUCCAUCUGUCUCCACUGGGAAGCACCUGACACCACCUGUGCUGAAUAUCUCCCCCUCUCUCCUGGGCUGGGAGCAUUGUUUGCAGGGAUUUAUGCAGGGGAUGAUUGUAUAGGUUCAGGAUCUGAGGAUACUUCAGGCAGUGGGGCUAAAGGAAUGUAGACUAAAGACUGGAGAACUUCCUUCUUUUUGUUUCUCACUGUCUGUGUUUAUCUUGUACUCUCUUUUGUGUCAGUCUGUUGCUCGCUCUCCCUUCUCGCUUUCUCUCAUUGUAAUCCCUCCUACCUCAACAAAUCCACCUGCAGGUGUAAGCCUCUAGCAUCGGAGCCUGACAAUUUACAGCCUCCGAUACACGCUAAUGAAAGACGAGGAGUCCUCAGAUUUGCUACAUAUUCAACACAUGCUGUUUCUUUCAUUUCAUCUAACACUCAAUAAACGGGGCCUACUAUUUGAGUUGGGCUUUGCAUGUCACACGCUUGAUAACUGAGUAACAAGAGCUGAGAGUUUAACCUACACAAGCCUUUCAUUUGGUGCAAAAGAAAACAAAAUAUGAAGCUAUUCCACCCCACAAUUUGUCUCCUGUCAUCUUCCGCUCAGUUUUUCCCUCAACCAACCUGUUGUUGAAUUCUGCGGCUGUGGGAGAGAGAAGAGCUGAGUUUCUCUCUUGUUGCGAGAAGGAGGCAGAAGUGGCUUUUUCUUGGCCGCCGUCUCAAAGAAGAGAGCUUGUUUUUCCUGCAGUAAGUGAUUGUAGUAGACCCGCUGAGUGUAAACACACUCUGAUGUGUGGGGCAGCCCUGAGCACAGCGGACACUGCGCAGGCCUUCUCUGCCCAGGAGGUUUGACCGAUUGUCCCUUUGUUCUGUCUUUACACUCCCUUAAAUUCCCACCCACUUUCACAAGCCUUGGAGAAAUUGGUAUUUCACCUUCUGUUUGUUAUAAAUAUGGUUUUGUCAGCUGGAAACUUGUGGCCUUGAAAUGGAAACUUAGCUCCUCAAAACAAACAGAUACUGCAUUCAUGUAAGCCUCUCCACUCUACUUGUGUGAAGUGCUACAGAAAAGGCGCAGUAAGCUUAUUUUUGGUGUUGAUUAAAGCUACAUUAGUUAGUAAAAAAAAGCAUUAGAUAACUUUGACUGCUAAGAAGUGUCAGGUUGUUUUGCAGAUGUGUGUGAAAAAGCUCAGGAAUGCAGCUUUUUAUGUGUCACAGCUAUGUUUGCUCCAUGUGUCAUGUGACCUGCUUUGGUUUUUCAUCCAUGCAGCCAUUUACUCUGAUGAAAAUUAAAUAAAACACUGAACAAAUUAUCUGAAUAAAUAUGAAUACCUCAGAGAAUUUACUGGUAAGUGACUUAAAAUUGAGGAAACUUGAUUUUUCUUUCCCUAAGAUGAGAUAGAUUCAGCUUGACAAGCUUUUUAUUGACAACUCAGAUUCAUGUGAAAACUUAAUAGAAACAAAAUUCCAAAUAUUAAAUGUUCUCAGGCUGAAAUGAGAUUUUGAAGCGUUUUUAUAAAGAGCAUGUGCAGAUUCUUGAUUUUUUUUUUCAUGACAGGCCACGUGUCUGUUAAUGAUCCUGCACCUCAUCACAGCUCCAACAGCUGAGAAUGUCCUCAGCUGUCCCAAAGAAAGUGUGUUUGUUUGAAUCACCUCAUUGGAAAGGAAGUAACACAUACACAUGUACAAUCACACACACAAUGACAUCACUGUCACCGCUCAGGUGCACAGGCUCUGCUGCUUAACUCGGUGUGUAAAGAUUAACCGCCCCCUCGUCGGUCUCUGCGGCUGCAUAAAUGAUUGCACAGGAACGGCGAGGAACGCUCUUCCAGUUUGAAUUCAGAGAGGAGAAGCUUCAGUUCAGCAGUCACCUCCAAUCUUACUCAUCCUCACGUCUUUUGAGUGAUUCACAACCAUGACUAAACAACUCUUGCUUCCAACAAUGAGCUCACUGUGUCCAUUUGAUUCAAAACAACAGACAUGGAGGAACAUCGGAGGGAGAAGACAGAGUCGCUGGAUUUCUGCUGGCUUUGAUGUUUGUACUUUUAAUUGAAUUGGCUGAUAUAACAGGGUCACUCUGAAUUCAUCUUUUGUUGUUUUGGGUGUGUCCUAUCACUAUCACACAUUAAAUGAAGAAAUUGUUUCUGCUGAUGUGGCGCCCUCUACUGAAGAGUUGUAAGCAUAGCACUUACAUAAAAUCAGACUUGUUUCUAUUGUAACAAAGAGAAUCUCACCUCUUUUUUUCUCGAGUACAGCUUCAGGUAAAGUUUGACUAAAUUCUCUUUCAGGUCUGUGAGAAAAAUGUACAAAAACAAAUCUUUAAAAUGUGUUCCUUUCUCUUGUUCUUUUGGUUUCUCAUCACUUUAAUCCUCUUUCUUUUUCUACCUUUUCUUCUUUUUCAUAUAAACAAAUUUUUGAUUUCUUUUGCCCACUCACAGUUCUUGUCAUACCACUUGUGUGUCCUUUCUAGCCCAAGCCACCGUUGAAGACUUCCAGAUCCGACCUCAUGCCCUUUAUGUUCACUCCUACAAGGCCCCCACAUUCUGUGACUACUGCGGGGAGAUGUUGUGGGGUCUUGUCCGACAAGGACUCAAAUGUGAAGGUCAGACACACUAGAGAGAUUAUUUCUUUAUUUAACCCUUUUUUUUUGCCAUUUGCAAGAGAGAUCAGGCCAAAAGAGCUGUCAUACAGACACAUAAAAUCUUUCACACACAACACAACCAACAAAUCUAAAAUAUAUGUUCAACAACAAAUUAGGCUUUUGAGAAAAACAACCACACACUGCAACCAUAUUUCUAAUAAAACUUUCACAUUUACGAAGAGACAUGAGGGUGUCCAAUAUUCCCCUUUUUUAAGAUUAUUCUAUGACCAUGGUGCAUUAUGGUAUGAUUUAAAUAAAAUCAAAUAGAUGAAAAUACUUUAAAAAUAAACUAUGCCAUGAUUUGUUUUUCUGAGUUAUUAAAAUGGAGACCAAAAUGGGUCCCAAGAUCCCAGAUGUUCCCCCUGUUGAACACCUUUAGUUAUCCCAGGAAAAUCUGAUUUAUGUCCUUUUGCAAAGACACUCUGAGCUCAAUCUGCGAAAUAAUUUCUAAACCAGUUAACAGUCUUGAAACGUAAGCCGGCAGAUUGAGGUUUGAUCAUUAGCAGUUCAUGGUCCACCGAGUCAAAUGCCUUAGACAGAUCCACGAGUAACCAGAACUAAAUCCAGACUGAAAAUCACUUCAAAUAUUUUAAUCUAGUGAAAACUGCUUCAACUGCAAAUUCACAGAUGCAGAUUGCAAGUUCUCACAGUGGCAGGGUGAUUACCUCCAUAAUACUUUACAACAACAUCAACAAACAAGAAAAAACCCUGACAGAGGGACAACCUCCAGCCUCUCUCAUUUCUCUGUCCUCGCUGGAUUGAUCUGAAUCAAACUUAUUUCAUUUUGUCAAAAGUUUACAAGCAAAUGUGUCUCUGAAUUUGAACUUUGUUAAGUAGUAACAUAUAAGGACACAAAUACUUUGUGCAGGCCUAUGCUGAGGAGUAAUUGGCAUUUAGACUCUCAGAGAUUUUGUAACUGAUGUCUUGUGUUUUUAUCACACUUUCAGGAUGUGGGUUGAACUACCAUAAGCGCUGCGCCUUUAAGAUCCCCAAUAACUGUACUGGAGUGAGGAAGAGGCGAUUGUCAAAUGUCUCUCUACCUGGACCCUCUCUUUCCGUGCCCCGGCCGGCGCCUGCAGAAAAUGCUGUUGUGGUCCUGGAAGAGGUGAGUUCUGAUCAGAGGAGGCUUUAGAGAAUUCACUUUGACAGAAAUCGAAAAAAUGUGGAGUAACCAGUGAAAAGAAGAAAAUGCAUCAGGAGUUGCUUAUCAUCUGAGUGAAGGGCCAUAAAGUAAUGACAGUUUUUUUUUCCUCAUGGAUAAAGUGUCUGAAGUUGCAGAUGUCAUCAUAAUUCAGGCUGAAGCCAGGUGAACUGGCCAAGAAUGUGAAGCAGCGAAUUGCCAUGCUGCUCACAAGCUUUGUCUCAACUGCUAAACUUGUCUAAACUUAUCAAAUUUGGCUCUCUUCCACGGGGCGACUCUCCUGGGCCCUGUUGUCGAACGGCACUGAUGCAGAAAAUUGAAUUGAGCAGCACAUCGCUCUAUGGAGAGAUUCUCAGCAAGCUCUUAUGAAAUUGUUUUUGCAUAAGCCUGCGCUGGAAUAUUCUCCACUUGUCUGUGUCCCCACCAAAAGGUCAUCAGGAAAUGUAAUUAUGCUAAUGACAUUCAAAGUCCAAGUUUAUGCAUGGACUCACUUUUUGGCAAAAAUGAAGAAAGUGUCCUUCUCAUUUCUGUCAGAAGCUUCCAGACCGCCGGAUUUAUUCAAAUAAAUCCAGGCCUAAGUGUACAUAUGUGGUCAAAUAUGACAACUCCAAUAACUGCUUUUUUACCUCUUGGAUUGUGUUAAAUACACAAAGUAAUGCUAAUUCAAUAUGACAGAUUUCUAAUUCCCUUUUCCACUCUCUUUAUCUAUUGCCAUGUUAUUAUUCACCCUGUCUUCCCCUAUCAAUCAAAACACAUUUUGAGGCUGUUUUUCCUCUUAUAUCCGAUCCUCUUCCUUCUUGGGUAUGUUUUUUUAUUCUUCCUCAUUUCCCCUGCCUAUUCCAUCCAGCAGCAGAGGUCCCAUCAGGAAGCAGGGAAGAGGAUCCUGUCUUGGAGUGGCAGGCCUAUCUGGAUGGAGAAGAUGGUGUUGGGGCGGGUCAAGGUGCCACACACUUUCGCCAUUCACACCUACACUCGUCCUACCAUCUGCCAGUACUGCAAACGUCUGCUCAAGGGGCUCUUCCGCCAGGGCAUGCAGUGUAAAGGUAAGAGAUACUGCUUCAUGGUACAACAUUUUAAUGAGACUUUACUAUUUUGUUAUCAUUUGUCAGUUUUUUAAUUUUAUCUGUCAGAUUGCAGAUUCAACUGCCAUAAGCGAUGUGCGUCAAAGGUACCGAGAGACUGCUUAGGCGAGGUGGACUUCAAUGGAGGUAAGUCUUCAGUCAGAGAAGUCAGGAGUCUGAAUCACAACAGCAUUUCAGUCAUAGUUUGAUGUGCUCUUACCAGCAAAACAGCCAAGCCAAUUUUUGCACCUUGCUGUCUUUGCUUCUCAGAGUCUCUACUUUUCAUGCCUAUCUGACCUCGUUACCUAGGAGACCAUAGAACUUAGGUCAAUUACAACCUCUUCGCCAAACUUACCUUGAUUUGUAAUGUUGGGGACCUAUGCUGCGUUUGAAUUAUCUCAGAGGUCAGAUGUCUGAGCUGGGAAUGACGUCACAUCAGAGUUACAAGCGUUUCAGUGACCAAGUCGGAAAAAAGCUAAAUAGAAAGUGGAAACAAGAUGGCUACAUCUACAAAAGUUAUUUUAGCACUUUCCUUGUCCGUAUAGAAGCAAGGACAAGGCAGGCGCUAAAAUAACUUUCGUAGAUGUAGCCAUCUUGUUUCUGCCUUCAAUUUUGCUUUUUUCCGACUUGGUAACUGAAACGCUGGUAACUCAGGUGUUCCAGCAUUCCCAGCUUGGACAUCUGACUUCUGAGGUAACUCGAAUGCAGCAUUAGACCAUGUUAUCCAUAACUACACACUGUUAUGCUCAUACUCACACAUAUUCGAUAAGUAUACAUGUAUUUUGAUGAUAGAUAAAGCUUGUACAAUAAAAUAUUUCACAAAUAAGUGUAAAUUAUGAUUUUUUAAAUAUUUGCAAUAUUUUGGAUCCCCAUGAAUAGAGCCAGCCAGCCCUGGACCAGACUCUGACACCACAAUAGAUACCAUGGAUACCAUGGAAGUGGACAGUAGUGACAUGGAUGUGGGAAGAGGACUGGAUGACCCAGAGGAACCCUCCACCCCGGAUGAGAGGAUGUUCGACAUGGACUCUCCUUUCUUGGACAGAGAGAAAGAUGAAGAGCCCAUAAAGACAAUUAGGUAUACGGCGUGAUUUCACUUUAGGUUCAGCAUUGCUGUUUGUUUAGUACCAUUGUAGCGUUUCUGUUGUUGAGGUGUAGGUGGCAGUAUUUCCUUUGUUGUCAUUUAGUUCAUGUCUGUGUAUUUUUUCAUUUAGUAACAAAGAGCAAUUGAGAGACAAUAUAGGGAAAUGAUUUCCACCAGAGACUGUGCAUAACUUUAUGCUUACAGUAUUGUUAGCUCUGUUUCAAAUACUUCCUGUGUCUGAAUUCUGUCAGGAGAGAUCUACAUAACUUUGGGAACAAGACAGUAAAUACCAGGGCUUUCACAAACUGAUAAUGUGUCGGCUCAAAUGUGAACACAGAGAAACAAAUUAUCCUGAUAAUCAAUGUCAUGACAUUCUGUGUUUGUUUAGCCCUUCUACUAGCAGCAACAUCCCUCUGAUGCGGGUGGUCCAGUCCAUUAAACAUACCAAGAGGCGAAGCUCAACUGUGGUGAAGGAGGGCUGGAUGGUUCAUUAUACCAGCAGGGACAACCUGGUAAGACUAGUGAUAUCACCAAAAGCACCAAAACAGAGGACUCUAGUUAAAUGGGCUGUGAUCGGCCUGUAUGCAGGGGGAAACUCUUACUCCAAAGCUGUUCACAUGUGUUGAAUUCAGCACAGAAGGUAUUUUUCUCAUGAAACAAUGCUUGAAAGUGUAGUGAUUUCUGUUGGUCUCGCAUGCUCUGCCAUUUGGGACUAAUUUGUGUCUUUCUUCUCUCAACAGAGGAAAAGACAUUACUGGAGGCUGGACAGCAAGAGUCUGAGUCUCUUCCAGAACGACACCGGAGCUAAGUUUUACAAAGUAAGCAUAAUGUCUCUGCCGUCUUGUAGGAACAUUGUGUCUUUGUCUUCAGGCUCUAACAAAUAAUUGUGCUUUUUAAAGGGGUAGUUUGUAUACUUUUGAAGUGGGUUUUUUACAUGUUUGAUGGUGUUCAGGCAACCCCAUUCGAGGGAAAGCCAGUUAUGACAGUGUUUGAUUGGUUUUGCAGCUGUGCAUGUGAAUGUCACCAAAAAGGGGGUUCAAUCCAUAGACUGUAUAUAGAAUGGACGCCGUCUGCCUCCACACUGGAAGCGCCGCGCGCGGAACAGAAGCGCCGCGCACAGAGUUUCGGAUCGGCGCCCAUGUUAACCUAUGAGACUGUUCACACAGCACGCGCGCGGAAGUGCCGCGCGCGGAACGGCUCGCGCUCUGGAGCGCGGCUGCUCCGCUUCUCUCUAUUUUCGGCGCGAGCCGCGCGCGCCGAUGUAAAGCUGGACAGAGCAGAUCGGACCAGACAGGAAGUCGGAACAGGAGAUGCGAGAGAAUCCGGUCAAUUUUCAAAAUAAAAUAAAUUUCAAUAAAUUAGAAAAAAGGAUUUACGGUGUUGCUUGUCGGUCUAUUUUUUACCGAUGAACACACACCCACACCCACACACACACACACACACACACACACACACACACACACACACACGCGGAGGGAGAGCUGCAGAGAUUCAGUGACAUUAUUGAGACAAAGGAGGGGGGCUUUAUUACGAUACAGUCAAUAGCCUCGAGCUAACAAGGCUAUACAUACAACGGAGUCAACAGACUCCCCAAUUUAUUCGUUGUUUACCCCUAUAUAAUAAUUUAAAACAAUACUUGAAGAUGCUGUCAAUAUUUAAUUUAUGUAUGACGAAAUAAAAACGUAAAUCGAUAGUGAUUUACCCAUAAUUAAAGCGCUCUUAAGUGUGGAAAACUGAGGGCAGACGGAAACGGCCGAGCACUACCCGGCUCAGUCGAUGUCUGACCUGCAUGUCAGAGCGCAGCAGAAAGCGCUUCCUGUGUGAACAGCCAAGCGCGAGCCGGCGCUGCGCGCUCGCGCGGCGCUUCCGUUCCGCGCGCGGCGCUUCCUGUGUGAACCAGGCGUGAAGCCACCCCAAGAACAGCACCCUCUGGUGACAGGCUGCAGUAUAGGUCAUAAAUCCUGCCUCCUCCAGCAAUCCCUAUGGAGCUGUGGACAAACUUUAGAAGUUAAUUACACAGAAUAUACAUUUUUCUCCCCCCUGGUUGCGAUGUUGACUUGUAGUUACUGUUAGACUGGUUUGUGCUCAAAAAAGUUAUUAGGGGGUUCAUGUUUUCUAUGAUUGACACUUGCCUAUGGGCCUACGGGCCUAGAAAGAUUGUGUAGCUCACCAGGGGAAUACGCUGUUUGAGCCGAGUGCCAUCACAGCGACUCUUGGUAACUCUCACGCUGAAUGGUUACAACGCUACUGCGUAAUGUUGGUUUCAGGAGGUGGAGAAAAAAACACGGAAAUACUGAGAGCUCUUCGGCUUCAAAUCCGCAUACUGGCAAAAGGCGGAACCAAGUUGUCCAUAGUAUAUACAGUCUAUGGUUCAAUCCCAGAGCUGUCCACAUGUCAAUGGCCCUUCGGCAAGAUACUUAACCCCACCUGCCCCUGCUGGCUGUGCCAAGUGGUGUGUGAUUGGGAUUAUCAAAAACUGAUGCCUGCAAGAUCCAUUUAGGAAGUCUUCACUUGAAUCAGGGUGCUUUCACACCUAAUCUGUUGAUUAUCAGUUUGGUUAUUACAACUUCUGAUAUUUUGUCUGGUGAUAAAUUGUAUCGUCUCAUUUACCAAGUAUCAAUUUUCCAAAUUAAUUGCUAAUAUGAAGUCAAAUCUAUGAUAAUGGAAAAAUAUUGCAUGGUGGGGCUGCUAGUGAUUCCCACUCCUCUCAUUUUGCUUCUGUUCGGACCCUGGUGGGUUUGGGUUCUGUAUGGUGAGAACAUGACCGAGCCUUGAUAAGACUGAACUUCAGGAAGCAUUGUGCUUUUCUUAACAAGCUACAUGGCCAGUCAAACACGGGUUAAAAGCCACAGGCCUAGCUAUUUCAAGGAUCUUCAUAACUGAUAGCACGUGUUGUUUAUUGUCUUCCCCUCAUCAGACACAAAGAUAAAGCAUUUCUCACGCAUCACUCCCAGGUAUAUGAUCUUAGUCAACUGAAUGAUUUCUUUUUGCCAGAAAGACGUGAUCAGAGGAUUUAAACACACACUGCUGCUCUCUCUCCUCACCGUGACAGACGCACUGUGCUGUGGAGCAUGCUCAUUUUGUCCCCCUUGUAAACAAACUGGUUGUUUUUGGAUCUGUCCUUUUAGAAGUGUCAUCUUCUGUUGUUGUUUUAGUUAAGUGCAGCUGUUUGCACAGGAUGUCAUUUGAUAUUCACAUAUUCACUUGGGUUUGAAUCGUUUUGACUCACGGUAAAUCAUGAAAUUUCCUCCUCUUGUUAUUCUGCUGUACACUCAGAAAAAUGAAUUAUGGCGUAGUUUAUUUUGAAGUAUUUGCAUUUAUUUGAUUUGAUUUAAAUUAUAAUUGUUUUAGAAUUGAUCCAUUCAAAUUUCUUAAAAUCAACAUAAAUCUGUUAUUCUGAAACAAUUUUAUUUAAUUAGUUAAAAUGUAUGAAUUUAUGUAAAAUAUAAUGAGCAUUGGAUCAACCAAAGAUUCAUUCAGUUAAAAUAUAUGAGACAGAAACAAAUUCAAGUUAUCAAUGAUAAAGACAAUAAAUCUUCAUUAUUUGUUUUAAACAGGUUGGAUUUAUUGGUUUCAUUACAUAAAUUAGAUUCUUAACUGUUUCAUUUACAGUUGACUGCCAAGUACGCAGCACAUAAAGUUUAUUGGUCUGUUUAUGUUAAAUCUAAUCAUUUUGCAUGCAAUGAGGUCUUUAUUCAUACGGAUCCCCAUCAGCUGCCACCAGAGUAGCAGCUACUCUUCCUGGGGUCCACAAAUAAAACAAACAAUACAAAACAAUACAUAAUGCAAUAAAACAUGUACACUCUUGCAAAAGGUCAUUCAAGACAAUAAAUAUCUAAAUAUUUCUGUGAGUGCAGUGUGAUCAGUUCACUGAUGGAGAGGGAGGAAAUUUGAACAGAUUUACAGUUUUAUUUUCAGGAAACACAAAUCAAGAAGAUGAUAGAUCAGAAUUAAGAAUAUGGUCAAUAAACCUGCUGGAUAAAGUCUUAUGAUUGUUUUCAAAUAUUUGGUGUGUUGCAUAUUCAAAGAACUUAUUAUGUAGCUGCAAAAGUCAAAAGGCUGAAGUUUAGUGAUUUUAUAAGGCAACUGUGUUUUAAUUUGUUGGUCUGAAAGAGAAAAGAGUCUGUGGUCAUAGUAUUUGUAUGUUAAAGGUGGGGUAGGCAGGAUCUGAGGAAGUGGCAUUUUUUCGGAGAAAUCUAGAAUGUAAACUCUACCCCUCCAAACCAGUUUUCCCCUCAGCUCCUCCUCUCCCCUCAAGCCCCGCCCACAAACAGACGCUCCUGCUCGCUCGUUCUAUUUAAAUUCAGAUAUAAUGCAGAUAAACACUUCAGAUAAUUACAAAUGGGGCCAGUGAAAAUGAAAGUAAAAAGCAUUGGUGCUACUGUAGAUGCCAACAGACUACCAGCAAACACAAUGUUUGUAGGACUUCUACAACAAGCAUAAAGUGACAUAGUCCAGGACCCGAGGUAAACAGUUUAGCGGCGCUACAACACACAGCAGGUGUGUUUGACAAGAAACACUUCUGUUUCAGACACUUGGCUAACUUUGUUAAAGCAGUUUACCUGUCCAGCAGAAAGGUUACAGGGUCAAUAAGUUCCCGAAGCGUCCCCCAUCGUUUAUGCCUCACUGAUGUUGACCCGGCUUUUAAGCUCUUGUCUGAAUGGUCUACCUCCUUUUUAAGCGUCCAUUAUUCUGCCAGAGUCUCCGGUAUUUACUUUGUUUUCUUACUUGUGUUGGCAGUCGUGGCCAAAGGAGGAUUCAGACAAUUUUCCAUACUUUCUGGUUGGUUUCUACUGUCUGAUAUUGUAGCACGCUAACUUUGUUUGGGCUUGUGAAUGUAAUUGGAGGACGUGGAGCAUGCCCCCCAACAUGAGGGAGCAGCGUCUGCCUCACAACCAAUCAGGUCGGGGGAGGUGGAGAACGGCUUGGUUUACAUUCAGAAUGAGCGAGGCCAUUCAAAAAAUUUUAAUUUUAAAUGUUGACUCCACAGAUGUAAGAGAACACAGUGACAUUGUUAUAUUCUUAAACGUCAUCAAUAGCUAAUAACUAUUGACUGAUAUUAAAAGCUUUUUUUGUGCAUACACCACAAAAAAAGAUGCUUCUUUAACGGAUUCCUGCCUACCCAACCUUUAAUCGAAGAUGAAUUUGUGUGUCUGGUUUAUCUAAUAUACAUAUUUAUCUCGGCUCAAAGUAACAAAGUUUUCCCCCUGUGCAAUUCUGACCAAUUAGAGAGUACUUCUGACAUACUUCAUGUGAACAAAGACCAGACUUCUAUGUUAGAAAUCGUUUCAUAACUCGGAGCAGAGAAAACCAGAAAACCCCUGUGAAAAUCAACGCUCAGUCAACAACUCCCUGAGAAACUGUGGAUUCCCAACAAAAAAGCCAGAAGCUUUUAAAGAAGUUGAUUCUUUAUUGUCAGUCCAUCAAAAGAUCAACAUAGUGAUGACAUUUUCAUAUCUGUGUUGUGUGUUUCACCUAUGAGAGGAGGUAUGUAAAUCAGCUCUAACCAGUGCGCUCUGUGUGACUCAGCCUGGGGACUGUUCUGCUCAAACUGUAAACUACAUUAAGGUCACUCUGGUCCACUGAAACUUCCCCUGUGAAUUUUUUUAUGUAGCCGUGUCUCUUUUUUCUUCAAAGUGAGAAGUUUGUGUUACUUACACUCACACUCUCUAGCUAGAGUGUCUCAAUUAUAAAGGAUAUUUGAGGUAGUUUUGAGGGAAAUCUGCUGGAUCUCCAGGAGAGCCAGGAAAAAGACAUUUUAAAUUCUGAGCUCUUAGUGGAGUUUUUGACUUUUAGGUGAAAUGUUGCAUGUUUGGUGUGUAAAAUCAGUUUGUGAAAGUGUUUGACACUUCCUGCUCAAUGCCGGCUUCGUACACAGUCAUUACACCGCCGCAGGAUCUUAAUAGCAGAGUAAUUACACAGUGAAGACUGAGGGAGGGAACUGCAGCCUACAAGGUAAAGGCUUCCAUGUGUGUGUGUGAGUAAGGUUUAGGGUGGGGGGUGUAAUCCAUUUUAUUGUUCUUGUCACUGUGUGCGUUUUGAGACUGUAACACCUCCUUGAGCUGUGGUCAGAGUUGUGUUGCAGAGGGAUGCUGUGUAGGAUGUAGCAGAGUUUCCAGUGUGAGAAUCCAUUUGUUCACUCUGAGUGUAUCUAUGUCUCAAACAGGUGGUUUACAUGCGCAGCUGUGUCUUCUCUCCUGCAUGUGUUUUUCUCACUAUCUCUUAUGCUGGUUCUUACACAAGCUUGAAAAAAAAAAACUCCAUGCACUCACUCUUCUCUCCCAAUUAUUCUGUCACACCCUGCAUCCCCUGCCACUGGAGUCUUGCAAAAGAAACCUCAGCAGGGACGGAGUCCUCAGGGUAUGUUUACUGGCAGCUUUAUGUGGUUCUUUAUUAUCAACUUGGCACUUAGCAACGUUUAAGACCUUCUGGAGGCUAAUUGAAGGCUAGCUGUAAAUGCCGUCUUUUGAAAUACAGAGAUUUGUUCCACGCCUGUUUCUUCAGACUUUCAGAUUUCUAUAUCCAUGAAAGAUAACUGUAGCUGGUUUCCUGCAUAUUUAAUCAAAAAUGUUUCUUUCAAAGGGGUUUUCUCUUCCAAACCACAGAUUCUCCACAUGCUCAAUCUGUAUCCGGGAAACCGUCUGUCUUGGGCAUUUUCCUUUCAUUUCUUGCCUGACGCUCAUCAGCAUGUGGCCACUGUCCUUCCCUCUCCUCUUUUCUUUAUACCUCCAAUCUGAUUACUGGUGGUCGCGUGGUGGCCCACUUGCCAGGCAUGGCAGCCAUUUUCACCAUUUGGAAGCCAUAACGGCUUCUCGUUUGAAGACGAGACCCCUGUACUUGUGGCUUUCUCUGAAGACCCUUUUAUGGGGUGAGGGGGCUUCUCUCUGUCUCCACUAGAUCGAGUUCUGUCACACUCAAAUGUUGCACCCAACCCCACACACACACACACACACACACACACACACACACACACUCACACUACAACCCUGCUGAGGAGCGGUAGCUGCCGUGUCUUUCGUCUCCUUUGCCUGCAGUUCGUGCUCAGAUAGGGCCUCUGGCUGGCUCUGCCUUGUAAUCAGGGAACUAGAGGACUUGAGCUGCCACAGGGCCUGCUCACGUGACCUGGCCCCCGCUAACCACAAGCACUUCAUCCGAUACUCUGCGGUGAGCCAUGCGGCGGGGACAGCGUGUGCCUCUGUGAGCACCCAUUGGCUGGAACUUCUUUGUGUUUUUAAAUUGUUAGACCCUCCCUCCUCUCUUUGAUUUGACAGGGACUGUAAAAGGGGAAGGGGGUUUUAAAACACACUCAAACCGUCUCCUCUGUAUGUGUUCACAAAAAAGAGUAGAGUAAAAGAGAAAGUUAGAUCUUGGACUAUUUAAUCAUCAGCGGGAGUUCACCUAACAAGCUUGAAGACUUUGUGAGUGUGAGCUAUACUGUUUGUACCGUUGUCUUUGAUGAAAGGUGCAGUUUAUCCUUGAGUUUGUGCUAUUUUUAAAUGUUGUUUUUUAUACAAGAUGAAAAACUUCCGAUAUAGUUGAAUCUACUUUUAAAAACAAGUGGGGACAUUUUGUAUGUGUCAUUUGAUCAUUUUACUUUUAUUGUUUUCAGUCAAAUUUUAUUUAAGCAUCAGUUUCAAAUUAAUUUUAAAUCAGGAAAGAAGAAUUACUUCAUUCAACAAGAAAUAUAUCUUCUGAUUUAUUCACCUCUCAUCCUAAAAUACGAUGGUAUGCAUAUAGAAAUCAGGUUGUCUGUGUUUUCUUUAUUUUCUUUUUUAAUAUUUUAUUUGUUCACAAUAAAAUAACUUGUUUCCUCCACCGUUCCCACAGGAAAUCCCUCUGUCCGAGAUCCUGCAGGUUGAACAGUCCAGAGACUACAGUAAUCUUGCCCAGGGCAGCAACCCACACUGCUUUGAAAUCAUCACUGCCACCAUGGUCUACUAUGUUGGGGAGAACAACUGCAGUCACUACCACAGCCCAGCUCUGGCUGCCUCAGGAGUGGGCAUGGAAGUGGCUCAAGGCUGGGAGAAGGCCAUCAGACAGGCCCUGAUGCCCGUCACCCCUCAGCCCAGUGUGGCCAGUGCUGCUGGUCAGGGCAAAGAUCACAGUAAGUGGAAUAUGACAGCUCUCUUGCCCUUGAAACAUUUGAUUGUGGAUAAAUUAAUGACAAAGUUUGUAAUUAAGAUCAAGAUUAAGGAUGUUGGUUUUGAAAAUGGCUUAAGUAUUAGACAAGAGUUUGAGUUUCUCCUGUCAGUAAUGACUUGAGGUUUUUCCUUGACUCAGUACAGGACUAAGACAGAAACUAAAAUUUUUCUGCUUUGACUGGAUGUGUUUAAAAAAAAAUUAAUCAGGGGGCUUAGGUGGUCAAAAAAGAUAGAGUCAGUUUUGUGACGCCCCCGAAAGUUUUCAGCUGGCAGGAAAAUCCCUGUAGUGGCGUUUAUAGGCCAAAGGAAGUGAGGCUGUGAAGCAAGUCAUUGUCUGGAGAUGACAAAUGAACGGACCUGACUGUGCAGAAACUGAGAGUAACUCACAGUAUCAGCACAGAAGUGAGAUUCUCACUGAGCAGGAACCCUGAACAAAAAAGACAGGGAUUAUUGAAGUUUUUGAUUCAGGUCCUGUGGUUGAAAACUGAUUAGUGGAUCAGAGAGCCACUCAAGAGUCAAUAAUUUUUGCGGAAGACCAUUAUUUAAGUGUUGUUAUGAUAAUCAAAUAAUGAGGAAGUCUCAAGAAUGGAUCUCCUCAUGUGUAAUAUUCAGCUGCUUUCAAUGGGUAUGAUGUGAUGAAGUAUAAUUAAUGAAAAUAUCUUACCACAGAUAUUAAUGUUAUUUAUGCGGUUAUUUCUCAUUGAAAUAGUUAACUAAAUGAUCUCAUCAUCAUGCUUUCCUCUUGCUUUUAUCUUUUGGCAUUCUUCUUCAUAAGCUAGUAUUGUGGCUACUCCCAGUCCCCCUGUUAUGAAAUGCAUUGAAUACUUGCACCAUUCAGUCAUGCAUAACUUCUCUGAUCAGAUUUAUGGGCCAAUUUAUUUUGUAAUGAAAUGCCUGAUCUGUGCGGCUGUGACUCAUUCCAUUCAUUUGGGAUAAUCUUCGAGGUUGUGUAAAAGUAUAAUAGUGAGAAUAAUGGCCCUCACAUUAGUAUUACUUAAGGAGUCACUGGCUAUGUAAGGCACUUAUAAAACCUCAUGUGUUUUUCUCUCCAGAAGAGCUUUCCAUCAGCAUAUCUGUAUCAAACAGCCAGAUACAAGAGAAUGUGGUGAGUCGGGUUUCUUUAUUUGUGAAUAUGCUCUUGCAUAAUUUCCGGACACACACUUUAAAUUCAUGUUUCAAGAGCUAAUAAAGUAGCUAUUGUGGUAAAAUCAGACACGGUAUCCUACUGUUUCUUUACCAAAAAACCUGUGGAGAAACUUUCAAACAGAGUAAAAAAAGGGGAAGCUGCAGACCCAGUUUUUUGGUUAAGGGAUGUUUGUCUCACUUUCAUUUCUGCAUUGAGUGAAAGUUAAAUAUAAAGAAAUCUUUGGCAAUACCAGAAAACAUCCUGGAAGAGAAAUACUGGCUCUGGGGUUUUGACUAUGUAAAUACGAACCCAUUCUCAGCGCCAGGAUGGAAAAUUACACAAAUGUUAUAGCAGUAAAAGUUAAACACAACAGUGACCAUGCACAUUAUCUCUGCGCAGGAUAUUGCCUCAGUUUACCAAAUAUUCUCUGAUGAGGUUCUGGGAUCGGGCCAGUUUGGCAUCGUGUAUGGUGGUAUGUUUCCCUUUUUCAUAUGGAACCUCUUACAUUUUAUAUCAUGAAAUCCUACAGUGGAUUAUGUUUAAUCUGUUCCAGCCAACUUAAAGUUGCUCAUAUUCCCGUGUUCUUAUAAUGUUACAGGGAAACACAGAAAAAGUGGCAGAGAUGUGGCCAUCAAGGUUAUUGAUAAGAUGAGAUUCCCGACUAAGCAGGAGAGCCAGCUGAGGAAUGAGGUGGCCAUAUUGCAGGUAAUGAACAACUUUAUCGUGAGAUCAAAUCACAGGAUGAUCUUAAAGUAGGGUGACCAUACGCCCUCUUUUACCCGGACAUGUCCUUUUUUGGGGGGGACUGUCUGGUCUUGUCCAGGGGGAGUUUGUAAAAUCCUUCAAAUGUCCGGGGUUCUGUAUGAAAGUUUUGAGUUUUUAGUAUGCAUGUCCUCUUUUUGGGGAUUCAGAAUAUGGUCACCCUACUUAAACACAGAACUUUUAGUCUGAUGUAAAAUACACGUUUUGUUACUGUUUUCCUCAAGCAUCAUCGUAGACUCAGCUUUCUGUGUCUUUUCUACAGAAUCUGCAUCAUCCAGGUAUUGUUAACUUGGAGUGUAUGUUUGAGACUCCGGAGCGAGUGUUUGUCGUCAUGGAAAAGCUGCAUGGCGACAUGCUGGAGAUGAUUCUGUCCAGUGAAAAGAGCAAACUGCCUGAACGGAUCACCAAGUUCCUUGUCACUCAGGUGUGUUUUGUUGCAGAGAGACUUUUCCUCCUUUUGCUUUGUGUUGUCUAUCUGUUUCAUAAAGCAACAAACUUACACGAACUCAAACGGUAUAACUUAACCUGGAUCUGUAUCAAGUGUAACAUCACUUCCACACCAAGUAUUUUAAACAACAUAUCUUCAAACUAGAACCUUUUGAAUUUGACUUCAUAGACCUGCUUUCUUUCUCUCUCUUGGCCUCAUCCCUCUUUUUUGGGGGGUUUGCAUGGGCCUCUUUUCCAGCUCUAGGGCCUGUUUAUUCUUGUGGUAGGCUGAUUGAGGAGAAUUGUUUACGGCAUCAGUCUGCAUGGCAUCACAGCCUCCUCCCUGGCUGUGGAUUACAGCCCGUAGUGUGCUGGUGGCUUUGUGGCUUGAUUAGAAGAGCAGCAAGCCCCUGAGCCGCUCUGGAUCCCCUGUCCCAAACAGGAGCGGAGCCAUUAACAAGAGCCCCAUUAGCUGCGGCAUGCCUGGCUCUGAUGUGGCCAGGAGGACUUCUGUCAAAUUUAGGGUCAGGAUAAGGAAGCCAGGCUCACAGUGGUUUUGGUACAAGGCCAUAGGCAGACAUGCAUGCAGUGUAAGCUUAAACCAGGCCCCAUGAAUGUAGAUGGGAUAGUGAGAUCAUGUGUCUUUAUGCAAAGAUAAUGGUCAGGAUGGAUGCAUUUAAGGGCAUUUUUAUACUUCUACUGUUGUUAUUUUUCCAUAUGAGAGAACCAUAAAUUCUACUGCCUUAAAUAUACAAACAUUAAGAGGUUUAGACCGCGCGCUAUACCACUCACUCAGAUCCCAGGGUUUCAAGUCUUUUCAUGUGGAGUUUUUGAGCUGACUGUUGGAUGACAUUUUCUUUCAACAGAUUCUGGUGGCUUUGAGACAUCUACAUUUCAAAAAUAUUGUUCACUGUGACUUAAAGCCUGAGAAUGUUCUACUGGCUUCUGCAGAGCCCUUUCCUCAGGUAAAAAAAAUAAAACACACAAAUGUGUACACAAGUCUUUGUUUUGCUGUCUGUAUAAACAAUGAAAAUAUUUUCCAUCUCCCUCCAGGUAAAGCUCUGUGACUUUGGCUUUGCUCGCAUCAUUGGAGAGAAGUCAUUCCGGCGGUCUGUAGUGGGGACCCCAGCUUACCUUGCUCCAGAGGUGCUGCGAAGUAAAGGCUACAACCGCUCCUUAGAUAUGUGGUCAGUGGGAGUCAUUGUCUACGUCAGCCUGAGUGGGACUUUUCCUUUUAAUGAGGACGAGGACAUUAAUGACCAGAUCCAGAACGCUGCCUUCAUGUACCCCCCUACACCCUGGAAGGACAUCUCUGCAGAGGGUAAGAAGAAGAAGUUUGUCAAUGAGUCAACAUGUAAAUAAUCCCCAGUGCUUGCCUGAUGAGACUGUUGUUAGCACUACCUGCUGCUGAAGUUUGUCAAACUGAUACUCAGACCUGUAGCCUCAGAACCUCCCUCCCCACCUACUUGUCUGGGUUGUCUGAACUUUAUUCUGACUUUUCUUUUUCUGCGGUUGAUAUGAAACUUUUUCAAAACUGCCCAAGUGGCAACUCCUCCCACGUACAGUCUGAAAAGUAUCACUAGAUGAGGAACAUAACAGAGGUGUUGAUGCUAACGUUCGGUGAAGCUACUACAGUUGCCUCUGAUAUUGUUAUGCACUGCUGAUCUUUACUUUUUAGCACAAUCAACUCUGGGUCUUCAAAGGUCACUUUUAAAUGCCACAUCCAUCAGUAUGCUGUCAGUACUAAUGAUGUAUUACUUGGUUAAUUGAUGCAGCUAUUAUCUUUUUAACAGCCACAGAUUUGAUCAACAACCUUCUCCAAGUCAAGAUGAGGAAGAGGUACAGCGUUGAUAAGUGUCUCAGCCAUCCUUGGUUACAGGUGAGAGUGCAGCAUCAUCAUUUUUAAACAGUGAUUAAUAUAAAAUUGUGUGUAAAGAAACGACCAUUUUGCAAAUUGCUUAUUGUAAAAGGUAUUGAUGGCAAAGUAAGACAGAACAUCAGUAAAUAUAGGAAAUAAAAAGUAUUCAGUGUCUCCCACCUUUUCAAAGUGAUUGAAAUAUAAGAUCCAAAAUUGAGUUCAUUAUUUCCUAAGACAUAAGUUAGAAGAACAAUCAGGCUUAUUGAAUUACCUUCGCUUAAACUGUGCUCUGAUAACAGUCCUUCAUUCCUACAAGCACAUAUGUUGCUGUAUAAACACUUUAAACUUAAGAGCAUGUGUUUCUUCACAUCAUAUAAACCCUAAACUUAAUUUUUUUAAAAUUGAACAUGGUAAUACAUGAGCUGUAUCAGGGUAUCAGCUUGUCUUUUUCUGAAUUCCAGUAAUUUGAAUUUAAGGCCUUAAAAAGAAGUGAUUAGGAAAAAAGCUGUUAAGACAGUAAAUGAUCCCUCUCACCCACUGUACAGUGAGUUCCUUAUACUUCGUUCAGGCGGACGUUAUCAAGUACCUCAGGCAAAUCAUAACCUCUUCAAAAACUCAUUCAUUCCUAACGCCAUCAGGGCACCGAAUGAUAGUAGGCCUAUGUCUCGUUAGAUCUGCCUGUUAUGUACAGUACAUGCCACUGUUGUCCUCCCUCUUUUGCUGCCAAGAUGAUUUGUGUGUAUUUGUUAUGUGUCUGUUGCUGCUGUCCUUGUUGCUGUUGAUCUGUUUUUUGAACACGAUGAGAAUUUCCACUUGUCGACAAUAAAUGAACAAACGAACGAAAUGUCUAAAAAUUAUCUUGAAAUCGAAUAAAAUGUCUAAAAUAAAAAUUGAAAAGGUCUUAAAACUGCAUUAACUUUGCUUACAAAUAAAUAAUGUACCAUACAAUUUUAAGUAAUGUAAAAUGAUUCGAUUUCCUUUCAUGUCUUUUGUACUUUUUGGCCAGUAUAGAUGUAAAAUGAGUCUUAAAUUGCAUUUAUUACGGUCUCAUGAAAGUUUAAAAAAGUCUCAAUUUGACUUGUUGAAACCUUCAAAUGUAUACUAAAGUCUAUACAUACAUAAAUCUAUCAUACUAUCGUUGAAAAGAGCUUAUAGUUAAACCUUGAAUGACUUACAAGCUGAGUGUGUAUGUCUGUUCCUCUCAGGACUAUCAAACCUGGUUGGACCUCCGAGAGUUUGAGACACGUCGAGGCGAGCGCUACAUCACCCACGAGAGCGACGAUGCGCGUUGGGAGGAGUUUGCAGAUGAGCACAGUCUUGUUUACCCCAAACACUUCAUCAUGGCUCCCAACUUAGACGACAUGGAAGAGGACCCCUAGUGGCUCAGGGAUCUUACUACACCCCAUGUGUCAAAGACAAGAACUGAAGCUUUGAAUGUUCCAUCCUGAACUGUUUUGUUGUGGGAACAGAGGAGGAAUCCAAUCAGGUGGAGAAAAACUCUCCUAAUGCUUCAAUAGGGGAGGAAACCAGACAGAAACUGUAGUAUGAUCCCCUGCUAUAAGAAGCAUGCUAGAGGAGGUGUGUUCAGAGACACGUGUCGAGGAGCUGUCUGCGGAGAAGAGUGUUCAUCUGCUUUUUGCACAAUAUCCAAACAUUCCAUGGAUUAUCAUUUCCGAGAACAAUUGCAAACCAAAAUAUGCAAAGCAAACUUGAUAGCUUAGUUACUGAACAUGCAUUUUGGUAAUAAUAUGACUCCUCCCCAAGUGAGGAAGGAGACGAGAGAGAGCUUACCCCAGGAGUAAAGGGCACUUUUCACAAGGGAUUUACAGCCUGAGAAUUGAAAACAUGAGUUUUGUUCUCAUUUCUGAACUGUUUGUGAGAUUGUCCUUUGGCAUGAAACUGGAACCAUCACAUUUAUUUGGAUGUUUUUAUGUUUUAUGUAAUUGUGGUAGGUCUUUGCACUAUAUUACCUUGGAGACAUAGCAAUGGAAUAGAAACACUAUUCACUGCUACAGAGAGAAAACACCUCUUCAGCAUAAACUGGUGAUAUUCAGAAGAAAGCUGAAAAGUCAAACAGUGUUGGCGACUUUGUAAUGGUAAAGGACCAAAUAUGUUCCCCGUGAAAAUAAUAUUUUCUGUGUUUUCAAUUCUUUAUUAAAGAAAAGCUACAGGACCAAACUCAUUAACUUUCAGUAAAAGCAAUAAUGGAGCCAUUUCUCUCUGUUCAACAUGAAGCUGAAUCAGCAACGUCAUGUUUCUGUGUAUCUUUCUCUGUUUUCUUGUUGUAAUGUGACUUUCUAAGCACAGUUUCUGGAAUAUGUGUUUUUGAUGCUUUGAUUAUCUUAAGUGCUGUUUGACCAACUUUGGUUACAUUGAACAAAUAUUUUGUUUCUCUCUUGGUUUUCUGGACCAAAUCAUCAGCGCUUUCAUCCAGACUGAGUAAAUUCAGUGCAAUGACAUUUUGGUUAUAUGGGAGUUGAAGUGCUACAGUCAUGUUGGUGUGUUUUGGGAGUACGCUCCUGUGUCCUGUUGUCCUUUUCUCGUCUUUGUUGCCGCUGGAUUGGCAGGUGUCAGUGUUUUGUAUAUUUCAGUACAUACCAAUGGAAUAAAAUCCCAAUUUCUUAACUAGGAA